GUAGGGCAGGGGGAGAGGGGGAAUGGGAGAGGGGGAGUGGGAGAGGGGAGACAGGGAGUGGGAGAGAGGGUAGAGGGAGAAGAGAAGGGAGGCAAGGUAGAGGAGAGGGGAAUUAAGUGAGACGGAAUAGGUAGAUAGGGAGUGGUGAAGGAGAGAGGGGGGAGAAGGGAGAAGGGUAGGAGGAGGGCUCUAUUCUCAGAGUCUUCUCCCACUUGUUAUUUAAGGGGGGAGGAUGUUUAUCUUGAGCUAAAUCCAGACGACUCCACUCACUAAUACUGGUUCACCGCCCAAACUCAAUAGAUAGGGUUUGCUUUUUAGAAGAUGUGCUCCGUAAAAAUGUCUAAAGAAAACCCAGUGGUCCAGGGCCAAGCCAUAUUCAUGUUGUUUUCUUUGCCUGCUCAGUCUUGGUUCCUUCUUGGAUCUAGUUUCUUCCAGGGAUCAACAGGAAGAGGCUUUCCAUCCUUACCAGACAAAACCCUUUAUUAAAGUGUUUCAGGGCUAAGCCUAUCUCCUCCUCUAUUGGCCAGCCUAGGGCUUCGCUCUCCAUUUUUUAAGUGUUAUCAGACACAGUCUAGGCGAGUGUUUCGCACAGUGGGAUCGCUUUUAAAGGGAAAGUCACUAGUCGGCAGAGAUGGAGACCACAUAUACUGUACUCUGCCAGUCAUUUUUUAGUGGUCCUGUGUAGCUCAGUUGGUAGAGCAUGGCGCUUGCAACGCCAGGAUUGUGGAUUCAAUUCCAGGGGCCACCCAUACGUAAAAUGUAUGCACGCAUGACUGUGACUUGCUUUGGAUAAAAGCGUCUGCUAAAUGGCAUAAAUUAUGUGUGAUUGUCUCAUAAAAACACAUCAGGUCUUGUCUGCUGCAGUCCUUCUCUGACUAGGAGAUGGUCAGACACUGCCAGACGGUCAGGGUCGGGAGUGGAGUGUCUGUCUGUCUUGGGCUCACUCUCUAGCCCCGUUUAUACCUGGUUCUAUAUUGCGUCCUUUGUCCUGUACAUGUCCACUUCCUGAUUGUGCCCACAUUUUUUGAUAGGUGUAGAUGAUUAAAAGACACAAUGUGAUCUGAUUGUGAUCAGAUCUUCCUGACCACCUCUGGAGGUAGUCAGGCACACAUUGUGUCUGGAUAUCAAUCAAGUGUAGAUGGAUCUGGAUGGUUAAACCAUUUAAAUCAUUAUUAUAUCACCCUCUAAAAUCAUUGACAGGUGACAUCAUUGACUUAUGACAUCAAUAUAUUUCAUAAAAUAGAUAAUCUAAUAUUAAUUUGAAAGAAUAUCUGCCAAAUGAUUUAUAUACAAGGAGGGACCAGGAAAUCUGGUCACAAUGUGGACACAGUGGACAGAUAUCAGACCCAUUUUAAUACCAUGUGUAGAAUGUGGACAAGAUCAGGACAAAGGACGCAUGUUUGGACCAGGUAUAAACAAGGCUUCUGUGUCUGUCUGUGUCUGGGCUGACACAUGGAUAGCUCCUCCUCCAUCCCUCUCUCUUUCCUCUCAAUGUCUGGCGUCUGUACAGCACAUCAAAUGGUAGACAGGGUGAGGUAGACAGGGACAGCUUUCAGUGUAAUCUAUAACCAGCAUUCUUUUAAACAAGUAGACAGAUUCUUAGAAGUAGUGUCUAGUGUUCAAACUGCAUUGCAGUUCUCAGCAAUCAGAGAAAAUCUUACCUCAACUAGAUUUAAUCAGUUUGGCUCUGUGACUGGGAUCCAGCUUUCAGUCUAGAUUUCUAUGUUUUGAAGAUUCAUCACAUUCAAACUUGGUCAGCCUAUGGAUUUAAAACAGAGAUACGAUCCUACCCACUAUGCAAUAAUUUGCUUAAUAACUCCUAGAUUUACAUGGGUUUUAGCCCAAACAUAGAGCUCUUUAUUGGGCUUGUUUGUGUUUGAGACUGUACUACAGAGAUCUUGAUUAAAUAAACUGAUGUCUGAUAUCUGGACACCAACCAGAAACACAAUCAAACAAAACAAACUAGAAAGUCCUCUAGCUCCAGGAAUACACAUCUCUGUUUUUCUAGUGUUAUUUCAGUAGAACAUGGGACUAUGGGAGGAAGCUCUGUUGAUAGGACCGUAGUACUAAACGGUUGGUUGUGUGAGACUAUGGUUGUGUCCCAAAUGGCACCCUAUUCUCUAUGGGCCCAGGUCAAAAGUAGUGCACUAUGUAGGGAAUAGGGUGCCAUUUGGAAAGUUGUCUAUGACUAAUGGUCUAAUUUGGUACAGUAUAUCUGUCCUUUGUAGGUGUUGGAUCUGUGGGAAAGUAAAGAGCUUGUGAAACAUCCUGUUGGUCCUCCAUGUUUCCCUCAGUAGUUCAUUUGGGAGCUUCUGGCUGCUUUAAGGCCCUGCAGUAGACUAGUGUCCUGUCACACUCCAGAAACAGGAGGCUCCUGCCCGAUGGGCUGCUCUGGCUCAGACAAGGCUACUACUCUGGCUGCUUUGCAGGUCAUAAACUGAACUAGAGGAUAAGUGGAAAUCAGGCUAGAGACUGGUGUAUAUUUUACAUUACAUUUUAGUCAUUUAUCCAGAGCGACUUACAGGAGCAAUUAGGGUUAAGUGACUUGCUCAAGGGCACAUCGACAGACUUUUCACCUAGUCGGCUCGGGGAUUAGAACCAGUGACCUUUCGGUUACUGGCACAACGCUCUUAACCACUAAGCUACCUGCCGCCCCAAGCAGAUGAAGUCCCUGUUCCCUGGUGAUUAUGACAUCUGUGUUGCGUGCUGAAUCUCUGUGGUACUUGGUCUCUCUCUCUCUAGAGGAGCGAUUCUCUCGAUAUCGAGGAGCGCGCGCGAUCGCUAGCGCGCUGUAGCAGACGGCGAGAGCGCAGAAGAUGCGACGAUAGAGAGAGCGAUAGUCUAGAUCUCCUCUUUCUACGAUCUAUCUCUCUCUCUCUCAUCUCUCUCUACUCUCUCUCUCUCUCUCUCUCUCCCCUCCCUCCCUCCCUCCCUCUUUAAGCUGACUUGUUAUUGCCUCCCGCCCGCCUCCCCCUUCGCUUACUCUUUCCGACCGCUUUUGCGUGAGUAGUUGAUUUGUGUCUGCAUCUGUAAGACAGAAAGGGAAUUAGAGAGUGAGAGAGAAAGAAGGUCAAAGGUGAGCAGAACUGUCUGCCGCCAUGACCUCACCUCAGACAGCAAUCUAGAAAAGUAUUCUAUAGUGUGUAUUGCACAUGCUCAGAUCUAAGGGCAUUUCACACAACUGAGCCGGACCAACAUGUACUGAACUGUCCUGGUUACGCAUCGACCAUCGUUGCUGAAAGCGUGCUAAAAAAAAUUCUGCUGUACUAGUGUUUAUUGCAUUUCCCCAGACCCUAGACUCACCAUUGAAACUAGCUCUUGUGUCCCAUGAUUACAAUGGAAGCCUAAUCAUUAGUCCCAUUCUGGUCCUUGUGUCCCAUGAUUACAAUGGAAGCCUAAUCAUUAGUCAGAUACUUCUGGUGAUAAUAGAACUGCUAUAGCUGGUCAGGUUGGAUCAUAGACAGUAUGAGAACAAAAGCCUUGCCACAGACCUGUUUGUUCUGUCCUGCCAACUCCUACAGUCAUUGGCAAAACAGCACAAAGAGAUCUGGGACAAGGCUAUGAGAAUACAUGUUGGAUGUGUAGUGAAUUAGGGAAGUGUUGUUACCAGGCUCAGGCCCUGUGUGUGCCUCUCGGGAUCAAUGGGAUACAUAUUAUCACUGCCCACUGGCUAUUGUCCUGCAAUAUGCUAUUGGAAAAAAUAGCUCAAAUGUCAAAGGAUGGGAAUGGCACUGACUUCACAGAAUCAAAACAAAGCUGUGUUUUCACUCCUUGGUCAAGCAGGCCGAUCAAUCUCAGGUCAAACAAGAAAUGCCGUUUGCAGGGGAGAUGUGGUGGGCAGAGUGGAACGAUCACAUUUUUGGAGUUUCUUUCUGCAUCACUGUAUUUUUCCUUCCUUAUUCCAAAACACUCAGGAGAGGUACUACCUCUGUUGGAGUAGUGUUAUUUCAAGAGUAAAAAAAAGUACUACUUUCUUAAUACUUUCCAUAGCUUCUUCUUGUAAACACAGGAAGUAGAAAGUCAAAUUAAGUUAGCUAAAUUGGGUUAUGUUGCUCCAAUUACCAGAUUCUACCUUGAGGGGAAACAUCCUCUCUGUCUCUGUGUGUGUUGCAGACAGCAGUCAGAGGGCCCGGAGAGGCAGGAGGAACACUGUCGUAGUCGAGUCGUUGUCGUAGUCAAGUAGUCGUCCUACUCUUGUCUGUCCUGCUUUUAAAGCAACACUAAACUGCUGCAUACUCAUACACCUGUAUGUGCACACACACACAAACAUGCAGGUGUACACCACAGGAGGUUGGUGGCACCUUAAUUGGGGAGGACGGGCUGGAGCGGAAUGGGUGGAAUGGUAUCAAAUACAGCAAACACAUGGUUCCCAUGUGUUUGAUGCCAUUCCAUUUGCUCCGAUGCAGCCACUAUUAUGAACCGUCCUCCCCUCAGCAGCCUCCACUGACGUACACACACACCUGUGUAUGUACUCCCCAUAUUGUAACCAUUAGGGGAGAUGUAAACAAGCCUGAACAUGGAGCUGUUUGGCUUUUCAUUUUCAUUGAAGAGAUCACAGGACCAAAGAGUAGAUACAUACAGUUGAAGUCGGAAGUUUACAUACACCUUAGCCAAAUACAUUUAAACUCAGUUUUUCACAAUUCCUGACAUUUAAUCCUAGUAAAAAUUCCCUGUCUUAGGUCAGUUAAGAUCACCACAUUAUUUUAAGAAUGUGAAAUGUCAGAAUAAUAGUAGAGAGAAUGAUUUAUUUCAGCUUUUAUUUAUUUCAUCACAUUCCCAGUGGGUCAGAAGUUUACAUACACUCAAUUAGUAUUUGGUAGCAUUGCCUUUAAAUUGUUUAACUUGGGUCAAACGUUUUGAGUAGCCUUCCACAAGCUUCCCACAAUAAGUUGGGUGAAUUUUGGCCCAUUCCUCCUGACAGAGCUCGUGUAACUGAGUCAGGUUUGUUGGCCUCCUUGCCCGCACAUGCUUUUUCAGUUCUGACCACACAUUUUCUAUAGUAUUGAGGUCAGAGCUUUCUGAUGGCCACUCCAAUACCUUGACUUUGUUGUCAUUAAGCCAAUUUGCCACAACUUUGGAAGUAUGCUUGGGGUCAUUGUACAUUUGGAAGACCCAUUUACGACCAAGCUUUAACUUCCUGACUGAUGUCUUGAGAUGUUGCUUCAAUAUAUCCACAUAAUUUUCCUUCCUCAUGAUGCCAUCUAUUUUGUGAAGUGCACCAGUCCCUCCUGCAGCAAAGCACCCCCACAGCAUGAUACUGCCACCCCCGUGCUUCACGGUUGUGAUGGUGUUCUUCUGCUUGCAAGCAUCCCCCUUUUUCCUCCAAACAUAACGAUGGUUAUUAUGGCCAAACAGUUCUAUUUUUGUUUCAUCAGACCACAGGACAUUUCUCCAACAAGUACGAUCUUUGUCCCCAUGUGCAGUUGCAAACCGUGGUCUGCCUUUUUUAUGGCGGUUUUGGAGCAGUGGCUUCUUCCUUGCUGAGCGGCCUUUCAGGUUUUGUUGAUAUAGGACUCUAGGAGACAGAAUGCGUCUCCUUCCUGAGCGGUAUGAUGGCUGCGUGGUCCCAUGGUGUUUAUACUUGCGUACUAUUGUUUGUACAGAUUAACGUGGUACCUUCAGGCGUUUGGAAAUUGCUCUCAAGGAUGAACCAGACUUGUGGAGGUCUUGGCUGAUUUCUUUUGAUUUUCCCAUGAUGUCAAGCUAAGAGGCACUGAGUUUGAAGGUAGGCCUUGAAAUACAUCCACAGGUACACCUCCAAUUGACUCAAAUUAUGUCAAUUAGCCUAUCAGAAGCUUCUAAAGCCAUUACAUCAUUUUAUGGAAUUUUCCAAGCUGUUUAAAGGCACAGUCAACUUAGUGUAUGUAAACUUCUGACCCACUGGAAUUGUGAUACAGUGAAUUAUAAGUGAAAUAAUCUGUCUGUAAACAAUUGCUGGAGUUACGUGUGUCAUGCACAAAGUAGAUGUCCUAACCGACUUGCCAAAACUAUAGUUUGUUAACAAGAAAUGUGUGGAGUGGUUGAAAAACAAGUUUUAAUGACUCCAACCUAAGUGUAUGUAAACUUCCGACUUCCACUGUAUAUUGCUGUUAACUGUUUGUUUUUCUUUGUAAGGUUAAUGUUUGGAAAAUUAAAACAUUUUCACAAGAAUCAAAACAACUAUGCCAUGCCCCCUUGCUUUAAUACUCUCCAUUGAGAUAGAGAUAGAAGAGUGGAAGGCCAUGGCCCAUCUAGCUGACUGAGACUUAUUAAUGAUGCUAUUUAGGAUUUAAACUAAUAACUCCGAUAAAGGAUGCUCUCUCUCUCUCUCUCUCUCUCUCUCUCUCUCUCUCUCUCUCUCUCUCUCUCUCUCUCUCUCUCUCUCUCUCUCUCUCUCUCUCUCUCUCUCUCUCUCUCUCUCUCUCUCUCUCUCUCUCUCUCUCUCUCUCUCUCUCUCUCUCUCUCUCUCUCUCUCUCUGUCUGUCUGUCUGUCUGUCUGUCUGUCUGUCUGUCUGUCUGUCUGUCUGUCUGUCUGUCUGUCUGUCUGUCUGUCUGUCUGUCUGAUUGGUUUUAAGGCCAGUGGACAGCAGCAUUAGAUUAGGGGAGUAGUGAACCCUGCUCUAUGCAUCAGUGGCGGUCAGUGCCGUUUAUGAUGAGGGAGGACUUUUUUUUUCUCCAUAAGAAUGGCCUUAUUUCUAUUACAGCAUGUUGGAUGACUGUCAUUCAUAUUCCAUUCACCCAGUUCAAUGUAACAUCGAUAGGUUUAGGCUACUACAUGAUACUAGAAUUUUCCCUAUACCCAUCAUGAGGUUGCUACAACCUAACCUAUGAAUGAAAGUUUACAACGUAGGUGCACACAGGUCGAGUGAAACAUUUGAGAUGACAGACAGUGACACAUGGACAGACAGUGACACAUUCAAUACCGCCUUGCACACUCUUGCCUGCAUCUAGCUUAUCUAGGGUGUAAACAUUAGUCCAACAGCAAACGAGAGUUUCUAUUGGACAAAUUCAGGUAUUUUUAUCGCUGUUUCGUUUGCUUUCUUUUAAGAAACGUAAGAAUCGGCUGAAUGAAUACACCCCUGAUCAUAGCAGCCACGUUUAUUCAUUCUAGCCUCUACGCACUCUCCUCCUCUCACCUUUUCCCUUUGUUUGUGGACUUCAAUGAACAACACAUCAGCUGUAUGUGACCAGGCGAAAAAACCUUUCCAAGCCAAACCAUAUCAUAACCGCUACACAGAGCCUACAUCGUUGUCCCCAUAUUAGCUAAAGUAACGUCCUAGUCAACAUAGCUAAUAGAACUAAUGCGUUAGUAAACCCGCUACAAUCAUGCAGUAACGUUACAGUGUAUAGUCUGUAAGCAGUUACACCGGCGGGCCGUGGUGGCAAUAAAUUAAUAAAGCCAAAAGCUUACCUUGACUUGGAAGAGCUCCAGUGUUGUGUUGGAUAGUCAUAGUCAGCUAGCUAACUUAGCAUCCCUCUGUUUGAGCCGGGUGUUUGAGUAACUAAACUAGCCAGCUUCAUUUGCUAGUUAAGUAAGUGAAACUGAAAGUGAAUUAUUUUUACGAAAUCUCUCUCUCUCUCUUGCUUCUCCUUCAUUUUUGAAGAAAUUAAUUUGUUGAAAACUGUUCAACUAUUGUCUUUCUCUAUUAGCAGAUUAUUUCACUUAUAAUUCACUGUAUCACAAUUCCAGUGAGUCAACUACUCACCACAUGUUAUGCACUGCAGUGCUAGCUAGCUGUAGCUUAUGCUUUCAGUACUAAAUUCAUUCUCUGAUCCUUUGAUUGGGUGGACAACAUGUCAGUUCAUGCUGCAAGAGCUCUGAUAGGUUGGAGGAUGUCCUCCGGAAGUUGUCAUAAUUACUGUGUAAGUCUAUGGAAGGGGGUGAAAACCAAGAGCCUUCUAGUUUUUGUAUUGAAGUCAAUGUACCAAGAGUAGGAUGGAAGGUAGCUGUCCUCCGGCUAAACCAUGGUGCUACCCUACAGAGUGCUGUUGAGGCUACUGUAGACCUUCAUUGCAAAACAGUGUGUUUUAAUCAAUUAUUUGGUGACGUGAAUAUAUUUAGGAUAGUUUUUCAAUGUUUUACCAUUUUUAUUUUUAUGAAAUUCACUGAGGAGGAUGGUCCUCCCCUUCCUCCUCUGAGGAGCCUCCACUGCUAUGCAUGUAUUAUGCCCCAAGGGUCUUUCUUAAUUACACAGCUAGCUGGGGCUGGGACUGAGACUGGGGCUGAGGCUGGGGCUGGGACUGAGACUGGGGCUGAGCCUGGGGCUGAGCUGAGCUGAGCUGGGCAGCAAACCAAAGACAAAUGAGUUCUGGGCUGAGGCUAUAGCCUGGUCCCAGAUCUACACAGCUAGCUGGGGCUGAGGCUGGGGCUGGUGCUGGAGCUAAGGCUGGGGCUGGUGCUGGAGCUAAGGCUGGGGCUAAGACUGGGGCUAGGGCUGAGGCUGAGGCUGGGGCUGGUGCUGGAGCUAAGGCUGGGGCUAAGGCUGGGGCUAAGGCUGGGGCUGAGGCUGGGGCUGGGGCUGGGGCUGAGGCUGAGCUGGGCAACAAAACAAAGACAAAUGGGUUCGGGCUGUAGUCCACUUAGCAAACAUAAGUAGUUCUCCAACAAGGCCCAUACGUACUCCCCCCAAGAAGCUGACAGAAGUCGUAAACAACAUUACUGUACUGUACUGGUGGUAACGCACAAGUGUCAUCAGCUUUGUUUGUUUUGUCUGAGAGUCUGAAAUAUUUCUAGUUGAACUGUACUGUUGACUAUUUAACUUCGUGGUCAGUUUCCCAAUGUGUUUCUGACAUUUGGAAUAAAUGAGAGGCAGCUCACACAUCAACAGUCCUACAGAGAGAGAGAGAAUGAGAGAGAGAGAAUGAAAGAAUGAGUGAGAGAAAACUGUGUGGUAAAUAACAUUCUCCCCCAAGAGAGACAAGCGGGGGAGGAAAGAGAGACUGAGUGAGAGAGAGAAUUUAUAGCAAAUUUGUAACCAUUAUAAACAGGACGCAUUCCUUGUGUAGCCUAAUUCUGGAGAUCUGGAAUGCUCAGCAUCUGUGUUUUUUCUGAGCUGUGUGGGUUUUGGAAGGCAGAGGCACUAUAUCCCCUAUAUAGUGCACUGCUUUUGCCCUAUGAGCCCUACACUAGCGAAUACGGUGCCAUUUGGAAGGAAAUGUCUUGUCAAAGAGCCCUAAUGUAACAGAUUCUCACUGAUCUCUUCACUACAGUCAGGCCCGAGGGUCCAAUAUAGUUCUCAGAUACUUUUUGUUGUUGGUUGAAUUAUCUUUCUUAAUUUUUAGAGUCUUUCCGUUUCAGUUAUUUUCUUUAAUCUUGUAUUAUUUUUCUUAUUUUUUUAAAGAAAAUGUAACUAGUUCUUUGUAGACGUUCAAAGGAUCAAUGAUUAUAGUUGCUGUUUCUGUCAAUGUGGUUUUAGAGUUUAAACAAAGAGUAUGUAAGUCUGAGUCAAUGUUACCCUUCCUCAGCAGUAGCCUGGAUAUCCAGACUGUUUGUUUCACUACUGAGUCAAUGUGAUUCAGUGAUUCAGGCUACCUCAGCAGUACUCCACAGCACAGAAGCAAUGUGCCGAAGUCCUCAUUCAUCACCUCAGACAGUCAGUCCAACAUGAUUCAUGCUGUACAUGCUGCUGAUGGAAAGAUCCAAUCACCCCACUGCACUGUGGAAAAUACAUUAAAAUACACUUUAUAUGUGAUAUUCCACUGCUAUGAAUCAUUGUAGGGAUAUGAAUAGAAAGGCAUAGGAAAGUCCAUGGGGCAUGAUGACACCCCACAUGCUGGUGUUACUAAUAGAAUGGUUUAUUGGUUCGUUGGUACAUUUAAUCUUGUACACAUUCACAGCUAAAAGCUGAAUUGCAGUAUACUUGCUACUAAUGGUUAAAGGGUCCAGAGGAUCAUGAAUAGACUGGGUUGUGAUCUGUUAAAGCUCAGUUAGUGUGGCUCUGUCUCUUUCUGCAAUUCCUCUCAUCCUAUCUCCUCACCUCCUCAACCGUACUGGAGGUAUCUCACCUCAGCUCCUCCAGUGCAUUUUGAGAAGGAGGCGAGGAGAGAAAAUGCAAGAAGGAAAGAUGAACGAGGAAAGAUGAUUUGAGAAAUUGCUUGUGUGUGUCAGGAGGAGAGGCCGGGUGAGGCCAGGGGUGAGUUAUACAGGUCAAGCUGACAGGCAGUUUGUGGUGUGUGUGUCUUUGUGGGUGUGUGUGUGUUGGUGUGUGUGUGUGUUUGUGCGCGUAUGCUAGUUUGCGUGCGUGACCGCGUGUGUGCUCUGUAUGUGGGCUGUAAAAUGGGGGGUCCUGAGUCUGAGGCUAUAUGAGAAAACAGAGCAAAGUCUUCAUGGUCUCUUCACAGAGAAGCAUUGAGGCAAUCAGAUACACUUGACUAGGUGGCGAGGAGCUAGCUGUAGCUAAUGGCCACGUAUUGUUGCACUUCCUGGUAUUUAAGAUAUUUCAGAGUUGAACCCUGACCUCUGUUUAUGGGCUCAUGACUCAUGGUAGGAAGUCUUUAACCAGAGGCACAGAGGCCCAUGUCAUAUAGUCUGUGUUCUGGAACACACACACACACACUUAAACAACAAAUGAGUCUAGAGCAAUCAUGUUGAAUUACCUCAUUUGAGCCAUAGUAUUAAAACUGUGAUGUUGCCUGCCCUGUGGCUCUCAGCUCUCAUGUUGUGUGUUUUUAUUGCUGGAUAAGUGAUAGUAAUAAGAUAGUAAUAAUAGCCAUUUCCUCGCUGAUAGAGAGACAGAGAGGCUGUAGCCUGUAUAGCCUGUGGUUAAAAAGUGCAGUGUAGUCGGACUGAAGGUUUUAGAAGCUUGUUGCGACCAACCGCAGAGGAGGGUUGCAUCCCAAAUUGUACCCUAUUCCCUGUAUAGUUCACUACUUUUGACAAAGGCCCAUAGGGCUCUGGUCAAAAGUAGUGCACUAUAUAGGGAAUAGGGUGCCAUUUGGAACACAGAGGAGGGUUUUGGAUGAGCUCAUGCAACAGGCUGCUGCAAGUCAACAGGAAGUGAGGUCAUAGGCCUGUGUCACUGCCAAGGAUUCGGGAGAGGACGUGUUGACCCACCCAAGGAACUAAAAGACACUAAACUGGCCUCAAACAACACAAUAUACUGAGGCAGGGUCAUCAGCUCUGGAACGGUCAUGAAAUCAUGAAUUAUGAUGAAAUGAUCAAUGAAUGGUUCAACAAAGCGGUGUGAACUGAUAUUGCAUUGGGGUGUGGCUGAUGAAAUCUUGUCUUGUGUUUUCAGAAUUCCAUGAACCUUCCUCCUGACAAAGCCAGACUCCUCAGACAGUAUGAUAAUGACAAGAAAUGGGACCUCAUCUGUGACCAGGUAAACUCCUUUAAACACUACAACACAUGUAGGUUACUACAAGUGAACAAUCCCACACCUACACCUCUACAAACCCACACAUCUAGUCUAUUCAGAAACCAAUAGCUAUGAAGCAAUGUUGAUAGAUUUGAUAGAACCAUUUAUUUUUCCAGUGUAGGUUUAUUCUUUACUGCAUAAUGAUUUGAACCCUUUUACGUUGCACUGAUGACUCUGUCCUCCCUCUUCCCUGUGUGUUCUACUAGGAACGGUUUCAGGUGAAGAACCCUCCUCACACCUACAUCUCCAAACUACGGGGCUACUUAGACCCAGGAGUCACACGCAAGAAGUUCCGAAGGCGGGUCCAGGAAUCCACUAAGGUUCUGAGGGAACUGGAGAUAUCACUGAGGACUAAUCACAUAGGGUGAUGAUCUAUUCUCAUCCCUCCCCUCCCCUCCCCUCCCCUCCUCUCUUCUCUUCUCUUCUCUUCUCUUCUAUUCUCUUCUCAUCUCUUGUUUUCCCCUUUAAGAAACAAUUCCAUGAUCUCCCCUUUCAGAAUGACCCUUGUUUUCCCCUUUAAGAAACAAUUCCAUGAUCUCCCCUUUCAGAAUGACCCUUGUUUUCCUCUUGAAGAAACAAUUCCAUGAUCUCCCCUUUCAGAAUGACCUUUGUUUUCCCCUUUAAGAAAGAAAGGGCCUUUCUGUCCUCUUCCUCUUCCUCUUCCUCUUCCUCUUCCUCUUCCUGUCCAAGGGACCUACAGCUUGUUUUCCUGAUGCCCAGAUCACUCCUAACUCCUAUUGUUUUGUCCUGCCAGCCUCCCCAGCCUCCCCAGUCUUCCUCUUCACAAUGCCCAGAUGGUAGUCAUUGUAUUGUGCUGCUAGGAAAGGAAUGGUCCACUCCCCCAUAAAAUAGUAGAGAGCAGGAAGCUUAGUUGUGUAUGCCAGAGGGACAGGAAGCAUGGCCGACCAACGAUGAACCCUGUGAAAAACACACACACAUGCACGGACAUGCAGCAUGGACGCACGCACACAUGCACACUCACGCACGUAGGUACACAGACGCAUACACAUACAUGCACACACACACACACAUCUGUACAUUUUAGUCACACACAGGUAUGGACAUGUACACGACACACACACACACGCAGGUCCGCGUACAUACGCACACAUACACAAAUUCACACAUAUACGAAAAAUACUCAGUUUGGAGAAACCUUCUCUCAGCCCCACCCUCCUCUCUGUCACACACACUGUUUAACUGAUGUCAUAAUCAGACGUCAGACAGAUACUUACUGUACCUCUGAUGGGUGUGAGUUAGAGAUGUCCUUUAAAUCAAACUAAAAUAUACUCUCGUAUUUAGAAGAGUUCUUUGUGAUCUGUCAUUGUAUUCAGGGCGUGGCUCCAAGAAUAAGACCUAUUACAUGUUUCCCUCAUCAAUACAAGUCUGUGUUCUGACAUAGGAAAAUAAUGGGGAUGCUAUUUUCAGACAGAGGCUGUAGUUUAGUGGGUCGAAUAGAGUCAGUGGAACAGAGCCAUGGUUAUUGCGUGUGUCCGAAUCCUAGCCCCUCUCCGAUUGACAAAACAAUCUGAAAUAGCAUCUGGUUGGACAGGAAGAGAAGGUGGGGAGAGGGAGGGGAGAGAGGGGAAGGGAAGUAGAGAGGGGAAGGGAGGAAGAGAGAGAGAGAAGGAGGGAGGGGAGAGAGGGAGGGAGGGGGGCUGGUAGAAAGGAAACUGAUCAAGCGCGCCUCCCCUUCCACCUCCCCCUCCUCCCUUUUACUCCUCCCUACACCCAAUCUCACUGCUUCUGUCUCUUCCUCUGUUUCUCUGCUCACCUCUCUCUCUCACGCCCCUUCUCUCUCUCUCCCUCACACAAUUCCACUCCCCUGUGGUUUCCUAAGGGGGGAGCAGGGGUCUUGAGGCUAAGGGGGAAGGCAGAUUUAAUACCGUGACUGUCAGGGGCUCCAACCUGAGCCCAGACCUCUCUCUCUCAGCCAUUCCAUAUGCCUUCCAUAUUAUUUCUCUCAUCGCAAUGGGAAUUCCUUUGUUUGGACUUUCUUUUUCACCCCUCCAGGAAACUGGAAUUAAAUGAAGAGAAAAUCUGAAGCCGUGCUCUCUCGCAUUUACUUUUCGUUGCUGCCUUGCCAAGUCCUUUUUCUCUCCGCCAGGGAUGUAGUGGGGGUGGAGGGGAGUGGGGGGGGGGGACCCCAUUUUGAGCAGACUUUAGUCUACAAGAUGUAGACUCAAAUAUGUAGGCUUUUACAGCUUGCCUCUCUGUUCCUCUCGCCUGCCACUCUGUUCCUCACUGUCUCUCUCUGUUCCUCUCUGUUCCUCACCUGCCUCUUUGUUCUUCUCUGUUAUUCUCUGUUCCUCUCUGUCCCUCUCAUUCCUCUCUGUGCCUCUCUGUUCCUCUUUCCUUCCUCUCUGUUCCUCUCUCCUUCCUCUCUGUUCCUCUCUGUUCCUCUCUCCUUCCUCUCUGUUCCUCUUUCCUUCCUCUCUGUUCCUCUCUCCUUCCUCUCUGUUCAUCUCUGUUCCUCUCUCCUUCCUUUCUGUUCCUCUUUCCUUCCUCUCUGUUCCUCUCUGAGCCUCUCUCCUUCCUCUCUGUUCCUCUUUCCUUCCUCUCUGUUCCUCUCUCCUUCCUCUCUGUUCCUCUCUGUUCCUCUCUCCUUCCUCUCUGUUGCUCUUUCCUUCCUCUCUGUUCCUCUCUCCUUCCUAUCUGUUCCUCUCUCCUUCCUCUCUGCUCCUCUCUGUUCCUCUCUCCUUCCUCUCUGUUUCUCUCUCAUGCCUCUAUGUUCCUCUCUCCUGCCUCUAUGUUCCUCUCUGUUCAUCUCUCCUGCCUCUCUGUUCCUAUAUGUGCCUCUCCUUCCUCUCUGUUCCUCUCUCCUUCCUCUCUGUUCCUCUCUGCUUCCUCUCUGUUUCUCUCUCCUUCCUCUCUGUUCCUCUCUGUGCCUCUCUGUUCCUCUCUCCUUCCUCUCUGUUCCUCUCUGCUCCUCUCUGUUCCUCUCUCCUUCCUCUCUGUUCCUCUCUGUUCCUCUCUCCUUCCUCUAUGUUCCUCUCUGUUCCUCUCUGUUCCUCUCUGUUCCUCUCUCCUUCCUCUCUGUUCCUCUCUGCUCCUCUCUGUUCCUCUCUCCUGCCUUUCUUUCCCUCUCUGUCUCUCUCUGUGCCUCUCUGUUCCUCUCUCCUUCCUCUCUGUUCCUCUCUCGUUCCUCUUUCCUGCAUCUCUGUUCCUCUCUUCUUCCACUCUUCUUCCUCUCUGUCCCUCUUCUUCCUCUCUGUUCCUCUCUGUACCUCUCUGUUCCUUUCUGUUCAUCUCUCUUGCCUCUCUGCGCCUCUCUGUUCCUCUCUCCUGCCUCUCUGUUCCUCGCUGUUCCUCUCUCCUGCCUCUCUAUCAAUCUCUCCUGCCUCUCUGUUCAUCUCUCCUGCUUCUUUGUUCCUCUCUGUUAAUCUCUCCUUCCUCUCUGUUCCUCUCUGUUCCUCUCUCCUUCCUCUUUGCCCAGAGUUUUUCCCUGGUCAGGUAUUGUGGGGGAAACUCCUUGCCCUACUACAGAUGUAGGAUCUUAAUUUGAUCACCCAGUUGCAGGAUAAAUGUAACACUUGUAGUGUAUUUGAGGUUUAAAAAGGCUUCUGAAGUUUUUGAACUUAGACAUUUCCACUUUGACAUUUCAGACUUGAUAUUCCCUUGUCAAGAAUGUAUAAACCCCUACAAAAAUGUCCAUUAAUUAUAAUCCACAUAAUAAUUCACAUUUCCUUUUGCUACUUGAUUAUAUUCCUGCUGUAGCAAACUGGCUCAAAUUAAGAUCCUACAUCUGUAAGUUAUGAUCCAUCACUAGCAGAUAAGGGUGUGUUGGCUGCUGAAUAAUCUGUCCUGCUAACCUCUCUCUCCAUGUCCCAUGUCAUCCAGGUGGGUCCGGGAGUUCCUAAACGAUGAGAACAGAGGUCUGGAUAUCCUGGUGGAGUACCUGUCCUUUGCUCAGUGUGCUGUCAUGUGAGUACACACAACCUAAGCUAAGCUUAGCAUAUCUUCAGAAGAGACUGGAAGUAGUUAGCUACCUAACCAGAUUGGCACUGGAUCCAAGAAGUGUUGAUACAAACAGAUAGGAGCAAAGGACACAGUCUUGUGUCUGUAAGAAUGGGCAAUAGCACACUGGAUGGAUUCCUUAUAGCAUUGUGUUUCUUUGAAUGUGCCUGGGUGUGCUUGUAGGCCUCAUAUGCUGCAUACUUGGCAGACUGAAUGAGUGGUUCAAAUCAAAUCAAAUCAAAUGUUAUUUGUCACAUGCUUCGUUAACAACAGGUGUAGACUAAAGCUGUCUGCAUCCUUCCCAAUCCGAAACAGUUUGUGCAUAUAUUAUGACGACAUUUAGUGAUUUUUGUUAUUUUCGUUUUGGUCUACGGCAAGGGUUUUAUCGGCUAUUCAUGCACACAGCUGAAGUCUACGCCCCUUUGCGGUGAUUGGUCAACAGCAGGGAUUCUUCAAUGAAGUGUUUGUUGUCAUUCAAGGAGAGACGACUCGCUUUCAUGCAACUUUUUUUCACUUGAGGAAUACUGCACCAAACAUAUUAGUUAGAUGUACAAUUGCGUUACUAAGACGUCAAAAUUAAGUACAGAUUUCUUGAGUUAUCUUAGAUUAAUUCAGACUAUUUUGAGGAAGUGUAUACUGGCUACGGCAUCUCAAGAGGGAGAAACAGUACUGCCCUACCAAGCAAAAAGGCAGUAACUGCUAAUUUGGUCGAAAAUGAGUUAAUGUCAUUUUUGCUACAUUAAAUACAUGCUUAAUCAUGUGGACAAGUAUCCUGCCUCUAUUGUAUUGUGUUUUGGAGAAAAUGGGGUCCAUGUUAGCAGUAACUGCAUAAGGUUACUGUGAAACCAAGGUAAAUAAAAGCAAUUUUUCUCAGUUCCACGCUAUGAGCAGUUACUGCCUUUUUGCUUGGUAGGGCAGAGUACUAUUGCCGCUUUUUUCUCGUUUUUCAAGCUAAGGUCUUUUUAGGGAGUAUGAACCUAGUAUGCAGAUGCCUUAAUAGUGAAAUGCUUACUUACAGACAAUGUUCCCUCUAAUUUAGUUUUGGCACUGAGCAAAUUUAAGGGCUGCUGAGCAUAAACUUGAACGUUGUGAAAAUUCUGUGCAACUUCUGGCGCGUUUACUGUGAACACUGAGGCUGUACCUGCUUUAAGUUACAGUUUUAACAGUGUGGCUAUUUGAUCAUAAUGUAGGCCUACCAGAGUAGCCUACCAUAAAACAAAUUGAGAAAAUGCAUCACAUAACAUUUUAACAUGGAAAUAGCUGUUCUAUCAUUCAGCCUACAGUAGCAGCCAAUGUGUGGUGUUCAAUGUAGGCCUACAUUCCAUGAGACUUUUGAAAAAAAAACAUGCAGGGCUUGUCAUUAACCUGUUUAUCCACUUGUCCUUCAGACAAGGAGGUGACUGAAAAUGUUACUGUGUUGUUUGAUGCAAGAAACCACUUUACAAAUGCAUUAUUAUUCCCAUACCAUUAUUACAGAGAAAUUAACCAAUUAAAAACAGUACUGUAGCAAUGAGGAUUGUGCAGUAAGCUAUAGGCCCAAUACAAUUACCACCGCAUAUUGGCUUUGCUUGAAUUGCCCUGCCAAUGCAUUGUUGUUCUGGCCAUUCACAUCGGUAAUAGAUCCGUUGUUGUACUUGUGAAGGACAGCUGAGUGAGCUACAUUUAAAUAAUUAGCUUUUUAUUUUCAUUUUACUGGGCUGAUGGUGCCUGCAUCUGAUGGAAAUUCUCAGUGGAGGGAGAGCAGCAGACUGAGGGUCCACCUCUCAACAUCCCUCCACUCUCCCUUUCCUCCACUGACACUGACACAAAAGGGACACCGUCUUCCAGCUGAUGGCGAAACUCAAGUCGCACCUCAUUAUGUACAAAUUCAUGUUGUUACUCCUAUGAACAGUUGUUCAUGUUGUUACUCCUCGAUAUAAAAAAAGACCCAAGCCGCUAAUAACAUCAACACAAGCCUAUAGAUACACUUUCCUACUCAUUCAUUACUGCUGCAGUGCUUGUUGUAGCGGUGAGUGGAAAUAGGAAGAACGCAAAUGUUACGGCUUAUACGGUGUUGAAUACAAAGUGUUGACAGUGCUGAGUAAGAACUUAAACAUGAACUCACUCAUAAAAACAGCAUCUCUUUGCUGUAUUCGUUGACAGUGUCUCUCUAGACAUGGUUUUAAACGUUUUGAAAUCUCACAGUAUCAACUUUGCUGUAGAUUUAUUUUAUGCCUGCUACGUAACUGCAGACACGGUCAUGUGAGCCAUCCGAUUGGCCAGCGGUAGGCCUAUAGUGCACUUGAUUUGCUCUCUGGGCCCGCCAGGAAGGCAGAGUUUGUGCCUUCAGACACAUGAAAUGGUUCAAAAUGGCAACAGUUGGCCUAUCUGGCGCGCAGGGCAGCUGAAUCGGGUGCACCUACCGCCAACAGCCCUAGACAAAAAAAAAAUAGGAACACAAGGCUUUAUCUUUGGGUUUUUUACAGAAAUGUUUGCCGAUCGACUAGGAAUGCCUUAGAGAUCGACUGGUUGGUGACCACUGCUCUAGAAAGUUUAAUCUCGUGCUUCUCUCUGUGGGCUGAUAUUUCUGUGUGGCAGUAUCAGGCUGCGCGCGCAGCUCAGAGGGAACAUUGCUUACGGGUCCUUUUCCAACAAUGCAAAGUUAAAGAUAAAGAUACAAAAUGAAAUAGAAAUAGUGACACGAGGAAUAAAUAGGUUGGACUUGAUUGUGAGCCACAUGUCUGUGCUUUUAUAUUGCCAUGCUGGCAUAUUAUGGACUGGGCCUGAAUGGGAAUGACUGAGCCUUUCAACUCUGUGUUGCACUAAGCUUUACUGUGCAGACUUUUACUGUGCAGUUCUACUGUAUAACAUAACCUUUGAUCUUUUACCAAGCUGCAUUUCUAACCUAAUCUACCUCGACCCCCUGUCUGCCCAUCUUUCUUUCUGUCUUUCUAUGUAUCUGUCUUUCUGUUUGCCUGCCUGCCUGCCUGCCUGUCUGUCUGUCUGUCUGUCUGUCUACCCGUCCGUCCGUCUGUCUGCCUGUCUGUCCGUCCGUGGCCCAGGUUGAAUUUUGAGGGUCUGGAGAAUGGGGAGGAGAUUUCCAUGGACAAGGCUAAAUCCUGGAGUAGGUCUAUAGAGGAUCUACACCAGAGUGGCGCUCAGCCUUUCUGCAACACGCUGGUCCGCUCUGCGCGCCAGUCUGUUCUCCGGUACGUAUCGUCUGCUACUGUGUUGCUGCUGUUACUGUGCCUUGCUCCUUUAACCCUUGGCCCUGACGUAUGUUAGCAUGUUAGAAUAUCAGGUAGCCAUCCAAACAUAUGUUAGCAUGUCAGCUAGUCCUCUGCUAUGAUGAUGAUGAUGAUGGUGCCAUGAUGUUGAGCGGUCUCGGUCUGGAGAGGAUGUGAUAGGAUAAGAUGAUAAGUGAUGGGGUAUGUGUCGUCACUCCUGAACUCAUUGCAGGGGGUUGUGGGUUCAUCUGUAUGCUGUUACAGGUGAAGGAGCUGUUACAUUGAAGGAGACAGAAUGGUUGUUUUUGGCCACCUGAACUGUGCGUUUCCUUCCAUGUUUGAUGGUCUUCCUCCAUCCAGAUGUGUUCCACUAUUCUGUCAUGGACAGAUUAGGCCCAGCUGUUCUGAGCUCCACAUGUGGGCCGUCUGCCCUGUGAUUCUUCAUCUAGUGAGCACAUCAUAGCCAGUGAGAGGAGACCCAGGAGACUCUGUUUCAAAAAGCAGAAGCAGAAAAGAUAUAGACAUGAAAACAGAGAAAAAGGAGAGCGAAAAAAAGAGAGAGACAGAAAGAUGAGAGGAUGUGGAGGAUAGCCUGCUCUGUGACAAGCAGACAUCAGCCUGGGGACAAACAGGUGUCAGGAAACCACCCAGAAUGCAUCAGUAACCACAGGGGCCAUUUCGGGUCCCUCUGCUCUGCCAAAUACUCUCCGUGACUCACGUUGAGCUUGGUGGUAGUGGAGCACAAACCCAGUAGAUGCAGCCACAUGACUGCCAGAUACUGUACAGAAAACACACAAUAUGAACACACAAUGAAGAUGGGCUCUGACUGUUCAGAUCAACCAAGAAGAAUGAAGUGGAAUCAUAAGUUGUUGUUGUUGUUGUAGUAUGAUAACUAAACGUUGAAUAAAAAACAUGUUGUUGUUGACCUUUGCCCUCUGUUGCAGCUAUGGCACAGCACCGAACAGCAAAACCAUUAAGAACUCACGACUCGUGAGCCAGAAGGACGACGUGCAUGUUUGCAUCAUGUGCUUGCGAGCCAUAAUGAACUACCAGGUACUGACUGGUGAUAUCCACUAUCAAAGCAAUCCCACUGUCACCAAUAUACAGUAUAACCACAAAUCACAAUUCUCUCUCAUUACAAAAAAGGGCAAAUGCAGCCUAAUUUUCUAUUUAAGAGAUGUCAGAGAGUCUGCUGUGGAUGAGUGUGAUUUUUACUGUAUGAGCCACCACAGGGGUGAGUGGUGGAGUGUUCUUCUGUUUGACCACAUCUUGUUCUAUCUCUAUUUCCUCUCUCCAGUAUGGCUUCAACCUGGUGAUGUCCCACGCACACGCAGUCAACGAAAUAGCCCUCAGUCUGAACAAUAGGAACUCAAGGUAAGCAGAACUCGGGCUGACCCUGCCUCCUUAGCUUGAGUAUAGCCAUUUUGAAAGAUUCUUAUAAAGGUUCAUAUGCAAACCAAGAUAGUGCAGAGAGAAGCAUUGUCACAAGUGAGGAUGAGCCGGGGGGGGGGUGCUCCCACCCAUCGGCUUCUCUGUAAAGUUGGGGGCUCCUACCCAUCGGCUUCUCUGUAAAGUUGGGGGCUCCUACCCAUCGGCUUCUCUGUAAAGUUGGGGGCUCCUACCCAUCGGCUUCUCUGUGAAGUUGGGGGCUCCCACCCAUCGGCUUCUCUGUAAAGUUGGGGGCUCCUACCCAUCGGCUUCUCUGUGGAGUUGGGGGAUCCCACCCAUCGGCUACUCUGUGAAGUUGGGGGCUCCCACCCAUCGGCUUCUCUGUAAAGUUGGGGGCUCCUACCCAUCGGCUUCUCUGUGAAGUUGGGGGCUCCCACCCAUCGGCUACUCUGUGAAGUUGGGGGCUCCUACCCAUCGGCUUCUCUGUAAAGUUGGGGGCUCCUACCCAUCGGCUUCUCUGUGAAGUUGGGGGCUCCCACCCAUCGGCUUCUCUGUGAAGUUGGGGGCUCCCACCCAUCGGCUUCUCUGUGAAGUUGGGAAUGAAAACCAUACAUCUAGCCUGGAAAAGCAUGGCUGCAUCCCAAAUGGCACCCUAUUCCUUAUUUAGUGCACUCAUUUGAGUAGGGCCAAUAGGGCACUGGUCAAAGGUAGUGCAUUACAGGGAAUAAGGUGCCAUUUGGGACGAAGGCCUGUUAUACAUCCAGUGUGUUAGAGGAGUGUUUAGUAUAGAGGGGAUUACAGUGUUAAAGCGUGGGAGCUGAUCCCUUCAUAAUGACCUCUUUUAGCAUAAGCUCUGCUAGAGCCGUGACCAGCCCCUGCUCUCCUGCUUCUAUGUGGGUGUUAAACAUCAAAGUAUGGAUUUAUGGAUUACAGCUUCUCUGUCUUCAUGCAGUGCUUUAACAAGUGUUUGGAAUGUAUAAAGUCGAUGGAGAGAUGACAUAUCUUUAAAGAGUAAUCUUAUCAAAGUCAUAGUGUGGUGGACGUGAACCACGUACAGGUGGAAUACAGUGUGUUUUUUGUUUUGUCUACAGGACAAAAGCCCUGGUUCUGGAGCUGCUGGCUGCAGUGUGUCUGGUUAGAGGAGGUCAUGAGAUCAUACUCUCUGCCUUCGACAACUUCAAAGAGGUGCAGUACAGCAAAAAAUCAACAGGAAAAUGCUAACAAUAGUUCGUCCACCAGAUCUGAUUCAAAUACUUUGAGGGUUUGAUUGAGUGCCAGAUGGGUAGGGUUUAUACAUUUGGGACUAUUCCACUAGUUCCAUUAUGCCAAGCAAGCGCAAUCAAUAAAACAAAUACUACUUGAACACAGUUCUGCUAUGCAAAGCCCAAAACCCUGCUAUGUCUGGGGCUAUUAGUCUCAUUAAGCCACCAGAUGUGAGGCAACCUUGAUAAGGAUCAACUCCCCUUUGGGAGUGAGUGGAUCACAAAGGUUUGCUUAGCCUUUCAGUUCCUAGCCUUUGUAGUCAUCUAAACACCGGAACGACCCAAUUACUCUGAGCAAUCUGCAGAGCCCCACAGAGCCCCAAUACUCUAAUCAGCCACCCAGUCAAACAAUGUGGGAACCAACCUAGAUAGUUUGUGUGUAUGUAUUGGUAUUGAUAUGUAGGCUACUUGUGCCUUUAAAAAAAAAUGUUUUAUUGAUGUACAGUACCAGUCAAAAGUUUGGACACACCUACUCAUUCAAGCGUUUUUCUUUAUUUUUACUAUUUUCUACAUUGUAGAAUAAUAGUGAAUAAAUCAAAACAAUGAAAUAACACAUAUGGAAUCAUGUAGUAACCAAAAAAGUGUUAAGCAAAUCAAAAUAUAUUUAAUAUUUGAAAUUCUUCAAAUAGCUCUUGGCAUUCUCUCAACCAGCUUCACCUGGAAUGCUUUUCCAACAGUCUUGAAGGAAUUCCCACAUAUGCUGAGCACUUGUUGGCUGCUUUUCCUUCACUCUGCGGUCCGACUCAUCCCAAACCAUCUCAAUUGGGUUGAGGUCGGGGGAUUGUGGAGGCCAGGUCAUCUGAUGCAGCACUCCAUCACUCUCCUUCUUGGUCAAAUAUCCCUUACACAGCCUGGAGGUGUGUUGGGUCAUUGUCCUGUUGAAAAACAAACGAUAGUCCCAUUAAGCCCAAACCAGAUGGGAUGGCGUAUCGCUGUAGAAUGCUGUGGUAGCCAUGCUGGUUAAGUGUGCCUUGAAUUCUAAAUAAAUCACAGACCGUGUCACCAGCAAAGCACCUCCACACCUCCACACCUCCUCCUCCGUGCUUUACGGUGGGAAAUAGACAUGCGGAGAUCAUACAUUCACCCACACUGCGUCUCACAAAGACACAGCGGUUGGAACAAAAAAUCUCCAAUUUGGACUCCAGACCAAAGGACAAAUUUCCACCGGUCUAAUGUCCAUUGCUCGAUUUUCUUGACCCAAGCAAGUCUUUUCUUAUUAUUGGUGUCCUUAAGUAGUGGUUUCUUUGCAGCAAUUCGACCAUGAAGGUGUGAUUCACACAGUCUCCUCUGAACAGUUGAUGUUGAGAUGUGUCUGUUACUUGAACUCUGUGAAGCAUUUAUUUGGGCUGCAAUUUCUGAGGCUGGUAACUCUAAUGAACUUAUUCUCUGCAGCAGAGGUAACUCUGGGUCUUCCAUUUCUGUGGUGGUCCUCAUGAGAGCCAGUUUCAUGCACUUGAAGAAACUUUCAAAGUUCUUGAAAUGUUCCGCAUUGACUGACCUUCAUGUCUUAAAGUAAUGAUGGACUGUCAUUUCUCUUUGCUUAUUUGAGCUGUUCUUGCCAUAAUAUGUACUUGGUCUUUUACCAGAUAGGGCUAUCUUCUGUAUACCCAGCCCCCCCCCCCCCCCCCCCCCCCCCCACCCACACACCUUGUUACAACAUAACUGAUUGGCUCAAAUGCAUUAAGAAGGAAAGAAAUUCCACUAAUUAACUUUUAAGAAGGCACACCUGUUAAUUGAAAUGCAUUCCAGGUGACUACCUCAUGAAGCUGGUUGAGAGAAUGCAAAGAGUGUGUAAAGCUGUCAUCAAGGCAAUAUAUUUUGAUUUGUUGAAGAAUUUUUUUGGUUACUACAUGAUUUUGGUUACUACAUGAUGUGUUAUGUCAUAGUUUUGAUGUCUUCACUAUUAUUCAUGUAAAAUUAAAGAAAAACCCUUAAUGAGUAGGUGUGUCCAAACUUUUGACUGGUAGUGUAGUUCUGUCCUUGAGCUGUUCUUGUCUAUUAAUGUUCUGUAUUAUGUCAUGUUUCAUGUUUUGUGUGGACCCCAGGAAGAGUAGCAGCUGCUUUCAGAACAGCUAAUGGGGAUCCUAAUAAAAUACCAAUACCAACCAACCAACCAACCAACAGCUCUCUAGUGGGAUUUUAAAAUGUCAUCAUAAUGACAGUUGACACUUUACUGAAAUGUUUUGGGCCCUGGUCAAAAGUAGUGCACUAUAUAGGGGAUAGGGUGCCAUUUGGGACACACUCCUGUUUUAUAGCCAUAUAUGUUCUAUAAUUAAGUAUUAAUUACAGCACAACAACUCUAGGCUAAAGAAUGCUGAUAUGGAAUAAGGGAUUGGACUUGUGUCUUUAUUAAAAUCAGAGGGGUUUCUUUAUGUUGGGAAAUAAGCUCUGUGUUUGUAUGUGUGUGUGUGUGUAUCCGUUUGUGUGUGUAUAUGUGUGUGUGUGUAUCUGUUUGUUUGUGUGUAUGUGUGUAUCUGUGUGUGUGUCUGGCGAGAUCUUUAUCCCUUUGCCUUAUUUUAUUCUGUUCCCUUCCCAUGAAUUCCUAUAAUCAGUCUUUUCAUUGCAAAUGGAGUGUGUUGACGUCUGCUUACACUCAUAGCCUUGGCAUCCCAGGCGGUAUGUUUUUUGUUUUUAUCAUACUUCAUUAAUAAAUUGAAGUAUAUUGAAGUAUGUCCGUGAUAAAUAUACUUUUGUAUAUUUUAAAUGAUCUAAAUUGGAACAAUUUUAAAUACAUGUAAUGCCUUUAAUGUCAACUUUAUUAGUGUUUCAUUAGGCAUUCUGUAGGGAGGGAAGAUUAUCAGUAAUUCAAAAUAAAGAAAUGAUAACGGGUCACUCUCUAACCUGAGACUGUUAUACAGCACAGCAACUCCAUAUGACAAAGAGACAGCCAUACAUUUUUAUGUCAAAUAUAUUGGAAAAAUAUUGGACCAUAUCGGACACUGAGGUGGUUCAGAAGUGAACAUAACUGAAGUAUAUCCUACUCUAUUGGACUGGAAGAUUACUUUUUUCACUGCUUGGCAAACCUCCCCAAAAUAUGCUCAGGUCUGUAUUGAUCUAAUACAUUAUCUUUCUAUUCCUUUUCAGGUGUGCAAGGAGAAGCAUCGCUUUGAGAAGCUGAUGGACUAUUUCCGUGUGGAGGAUGGGAACAUUGACUUCAUGGUGGCCUGCAUGCAGUUCAUUAACAUCGUGGUCCACUCAGUAGAAGACAUGAACUUCAGGGUUCACCUGCAGUAUGAGUUCACCAUGCUGGGCCUAGAUGACUACCUGGAGGUACGGAGGAUGCUAUAAAUACAAUAUAAUAAAUCAUCUAAAUCAUGUAUUCAUGAACAGUCACUAAAACCAGGGCCUGGAAUUAUACCUGGUCAGGUCAGGAAAAACUCCUGGCCCAACAUCUACUUGAAUGUCUUAUGCCUUUUUGAGAAAGCAUUUGAAGGCAGGAAGUAAAAAAUUGUCAUUUUAAGUUCUGUCCCUUUUCCAAGAUGCCUUUUAAAAUGUUACCUUCUAAGGUACCUUCAUAUGUGUCUUACUGUGAAUCACUGACCUGGACCUCUCCUUCUCUCCCUCCAGAAAUCCAAGUACACAGAGAGUGACAAGCUGUCAGUCCAGAUCCAGGCCUACCUGGAGAAUGUGUUUGAUGUGGGCGGCCUGCUGGAGGAUGCAGAGACCAAGAACGUGGCUCUGGAGAAGGUGGAGGAACUGGAGGAACACCUGUCCCAUGUAAGAACCACCAGACUGACCACCAGACUGACCACCAGACUGACCACCAGACCACCAGACUGACUACCAGACCACCAGACUGACUACCAGACCACCAGACUGACUACCAGACCACCAGACUGACCACCAGACCACCAGACUGACAACCAGACCACCAGACUGACCACCAGACCACCAGACUGACUACCAGACCACCAGACUGACUACCAGACCACCAGACUGACAACCAGACCACCAGACUGACCACCAGACCACCAGACUGACUACCAGACCACCAGACCACCAGACUGACUAUCAGACCACCAGACUGACCACCAGACCACCAGACUGACUACCAGACCACCAAACCACCGACUGACUACCAGACCACCAGACUGACAACCAGACCACCAGACUGACUACCAGACCACCAGACUGACUACCAGACCACCAGACCACCAGACUGACUACCAGACCACCAGACUGACUACCAGACCACCAGGCUGACCACCAGACCACCAGACCACCAGACUGACUACCAGACCACCAGACUGACUACCAGACCACCAGGCUGACCACCAGACUGAACACCAGACUGACCACCAGGCUGAACACCAGACCGCCCACUAUGCCUCUUUACAGGAGUGGGGAUGUCUUGGGGAUGUGGGGAUGUCUUGGAAAUACAUGCAUUCUAUAGAUUCUAUAUGUGUCCUUUUCCAUUCUGAACAUUUUACAUGAAACGGUUCCAUGAACAAAGUAAUCAGGUACAUCAUUAUUGUCUGAUUAGGUCUUCUCUGGUGUGUCAGUCAGUCAGUAACACAAGUAAACAAUCCACCAAACUGUUACAAUGACAGAAAGGUCAGAGUCAGACAUGCCGUCAUCCUAAGAAUUUCAAAACAAACCCUGCUUUCAGGGACCAGGAAUUAUGGGGGAGGAAGAGAGUGAAACAUUCCACCCUAAGAAUUCCUUUAGUUUACAACACGUGUUAUCUGUCCAAAUUCAAAAGUGAAAACUGUGUCAGCUCAGCCUCACUUACACUAGCUGUGUCAUGUUGCUAGGCAUAUCACAUUUCUUAUUAAUUCUGCAGAGAAUACAGUACAGGAGAGAGAGAGAGAAAGAAAGACAAACAGACCCCACAGAGCCCCAGGACAACAACAACAACACAAUUAGACCCAACCAAAUCAUGAGAAAACAAAAAGAGAAUUACUUGAGACAUUGGAAAGAAUUAACAAAAAAACAGAGCAAACUAGAAUGCUAUUUGGCUCUAAACAGAGAGUACACAGCGGCAGAAUACCUGACCACUGUGACUGACCCAAACUUAAGGAAAGCUUUGACUAUGUACAGACUCAGUGAGCAUAGCCUUGCUAUUGAGAAAGGCCGCCGUAGGCAGACCUGGCUCUCAAGACAAGAAGAUAGGCUAUGUGCACACUGCCCACAAAAUGAGGUGGAAACUGAGCUGCACUUCCUAACCUCCUGCCAAAUGUAUGACCAUAUUAGAGACACAUAUUUCCCUCAGAUUACAGAGAUCCACAAAGAAUUCGAAAACAAACCCAAUUUUGAUAAACUCCCUUAUCUACUGGGUGAAAACCCACAGUGAGCCAUCACAGCAGCAAGAUUUGUGACCUGUUGCCACAAGAAAAGGGCAACCAGUGAAGAACAAACACCAUUGUAAACAACAACCCAUAUUUAUGUUUAUUUAUUUUCCCAUUUGUACUUUAACUAUUUGCACAUUAUUACAACACUGUAUAUAUACAUAAUAUGACAUUUGGAACUUCUGAGUGUAAUGUUUACUGUUAAUAUUUAUAGUUUAUUUCACUUUUGUUUACUAUCUACUUCACUUGCUUUGGCAAUGUUAACAUACGUUUCCCAUGCCAAUAAAGCCCUUAAAUUGAAAUUGAGAGAGAGAGAGAGAGAGAGAGAGAGAGAGAGAGAAGAGAGAGAGAGAGAGAGAGAGAGAGAGAGAGAGAGAGAGAGAGAGAGAGAGAGAGAGAGAGAGAGAGAGAGAGAGAGAGAGAGAGAGAGGAGAGAGAGAGAGAGAGAGAGAGAGAGACAGAGAGAGAGACAGAGAGAGAGACAGAGAGAGACAGAGAGAGACAGGGUGAGAUGCCCGAGUUGGAUUUUACUGGAUCAAUGCUUUAAUUCACCUCCUCCCCUUUCUCCAUCUCUUUCUCCAUACCUCUUGUCCUGUCUCUACACUCACUCCUUUUCUCUCCAUGCCUCCUACCUUCUCUUACUUUGCUCACCCUCUAUCCUCUCCACCCUGUACUAGGUGACGGAGAAGCUUCUGGACGUGGAGAAUGAGACCAUCAUGAAAGUGGCUGACCUGGAGAAGCAGCUCCUACAGAAGGACAAGGAUCUCCAUGUCAUACGGGUAAGAUAAGCUAGUGAUCACUAUUAUGAUACGGAAUUAAAUUAUCAUUAUAUUUCUCAUAUACAGUAUCAAAUGUACUCUUGAUGAUUCAGUACAGCAAUAGCGUGCAUUCGCAUGUCUCAAUGUUGUAUUAAUAUGUUGUUUUGCAACAGUGUUUUACAACUCCUGGAGAACUAUAUGUACGGCAAUGGCAGAAUAACAUUAACGUUUGAUCAACUAUGCUCUAGGAAGAAUGCUAUGAUAGCAAAUUGAUUGGCAGGAAAUGGAGUGAUUAUGAUCCUGUAUAGUUGGUGGAGUCAUCAUAGUGUGAUUUCUCUCUCUGUCUCCCAAUGGUGUUCUGACCCAACAGGAGACGUACGAGUCGACCAACACCCAGGUCCACACCCUGAGGAGGAUGAUCAAGGAGAAGGACGCUGCCUUCCAGAGGAGCUUCAACAUAGAGAAGCGCCUGCUGGAGAUGGAACAGCAGGGGACCAUCCGCCUCCGCAAACAGCCGGACGGGGACAUCGCCAUCGAGCCCCUGGGAGGGGGCAGUGGUGGUGGUGGUGGUGGUGGAGGAGGAGGAGGGGGUGGAGGUCCGGGGGCGCUUCUGGGUGACUUUGGGCAGAACGGAGGGUUCUCAGUGGGGCCUGGAGGAGUAACAGGGCCAGGAGGACCAGGAGGACCAGGGACUAGUCUAUCAAGGGCCAGUGAAGCACCACCUCCCCCUCCCCCUCCUCCCCCUCCACUUCCCUCUGCUUUAGGUACAGUACCAUGAGCAGUUAUACUCUUUCACAUCAUUGUGCCGACUCCAACUGUACUGUGUUGGCUUUCUUUUCACAUUGUCCUUCACAGCAGGGGUUCUCAACCUUUUCCAUUCCGAGGCCCACUGAAAGGUUGAGAAUCACUACUUUACAGCACGGUUCCAGGAACUAUGGUGAAACACACACACACACACACACACAGCUGGAUGGACGCACAACAUUAGUAUAUGCCACCAUAAACCAAUAUGAAUGAUCUUCUAUUCAUCGUACUGAUUUGGUACAGCAUGUUAGAGCUCCACUAGUCUCUCUCACAGACAUUCAUAAGCUUGAGAUUUGAUUAUGGCUCAGGAGAAUAGAGCUACAGAGACUGCCGUUGUUUUAUGCUGAGUGUUUGUCUUCUGUUCCACAGGAGAGAAUGCUCCAUGCCCACCUCCACCCCCACCCCCUCCUAUGGCCCCGCCUCUACCAGGAACUGCACCCAAUUUCAUCCUCAAUAUGGGCCUAUCAGGUAAGAGCAUCUAAAUAUACUGUAUUGCACAUCUGCUACGGGGCCAUUAUGGUUAAUCUAAACUAAAAAGGAACUUAGGGUGGAGUAUAGAAUGUGUUCAAAAGAAUACAGUACAAUAUACAAGUCGGAUUGUGUGAUGGUAAUAUGCCUGAUUUUCUAUGUAAUGGCUGUCCUAAUUUUCUAUGUAAUGGCUGUCCUAAUUUUCUAUGUAAUGGCUGUCCUGAUUUUAUAUGUAAUGGCUGUCCUGAUUUUCGAUUAAAUGGAUGUCCUGAUUUUCUAUGUAAUGGCUUUCCUGAUUUUCUUUAUAAUAAUAAUAAGGACUCUAAUAAUGUCGGUCUGCAGCUAUCAGGAUCAAGAAGCCCAUCAAGACCAAGUUCCGUCUGCCUAUAUUCAACUGGACCGCUCUGAAACCCAACCAGAUCAAUGGUACGGUCUUCAGUGAGAUAGAUGAUGAAAGAGUACUAGAGGUGAGUCUACCAGUUCAGGACAAACUUCCCUUUACGGGCCUUCAUCUGACCGUUUACCACCUUAAUUAGGGGCCUUCAUCUGACAGUUUACCUCUUAAUUAGGGGCCUGAGUUGUUCUUUGUCAUGUCGCAUGGUCAGGAAAAUAGGCCCUCAAGGCCCUACUCCUAACUCAUUCAAGGCCCCACUCCUAAUUCAUUCAAGGCCCUACUCCUAAUUCAUUCAAGGCCCUACUCCUAAUUCAUUUAAGGCCCUACUCCUAACUCAUUCAAGGCCCCAGUCUUAACUCAUUCAAGGCCCUACUCCUAACUAAUUCAAGGCCCUACUCCUAACUCAUUCAAGGACCUACUCCUAAUUCAUUCAAGGCCCUACUCCUAACUCAUUCAAAGCCCUACUCCUAACUCAUUCAAGGCCCUACUCCUAACUCAUUCAAGGACCUACUCCUAACGCAUUCAAGGCCCUACUCCUAAUUCAUUCAAGGCCCUACUCCUAACUCAUUCAAGGCCCCAGUCUUAACUCAUUCAAGGCCCCAGUCUUAACUCAUUCAAGGCCCUACUCCUAACUCAUUCAAGGCCCCUCUCUAACUCAUUCAAGGCCCUACUCCUAACUCAUUCAAGGCCCCAGUCUUAACUCAUUCAAGGCCCUACUCCUAACUCAUUCAAGGCCCCAGUCUUAACUCAUUCAAGGCCCUACUCCUAACUCAUUCAAGGCCCUACUCCUAACUCAUUCAAGGCCCUACUCCUAACUCAUUCAAGGCCCUACUCCUAACUCAUUCAAGGACCUACUCCUAACUCAUUCAAGGCCCUACUCCUAACUCAUUCAAGGCCCCACUCCUAAUUCAUUCAAGGCCCUACUCCUAAUUCAUUCAAGGCCCUACUCCUAACUCAUUCAAGGUCUUACUCCUAACUUGAUCAAGACCCUACUCUUAACUCAUUCAAAGCCCUUCUUCUAACUAAUUAAAUGCUGAUUGUCAAACCAUCCCUGCUUUGUUCCGUAUGAUUAUUAAUUUUUUGCACAAAAAAACCCUCCUAACUGAAACAUUUUCCUUGUCAUAGAAAAUGGACAUGCUUUGAGGUAUCACGUUUGACUGAGUGUAUCGUGUGUGUUGUCUGUCUAUAGGACCUGGAUGUGGAGAAGUUUGAGGAACUGUUUAAGACCAAGGCCCAGGGUCCAGUGGUGGACCUGAGUGGCCCCAAGACCAAGGUGUCUCAAAAGGCUGUCAAUAAGGUCUCCCUGCUGGACGCAAACCGCUCCAAGAACCUGGCUAUCACCCUGAGGAAGGCCAACAAGAGCACUGAAGAGAUCUGCAAAGCCAUACAGACGUACGUACUGUAGCCUAUAGCUUGCUCUCGACAUCAAUCAAUCACAUCAACAAUUCAGUUGUCACAAAGUGCUUUACAGUGACCAGCCAAGCAGAAGCACAGUGGCAAGGAAACACUCCCUAGAAGGAAGAAACCUAGAGAGGAGGCAGACUCAGAAUGUUAUGUUUCCAACCUGUCUCCCGUCCUGUCUGAUGUUUAUAACCUGUCCUGUCUGAUGUUUCUAACCUGUCUCCCCCUGUCUGAUGUUUAUAACCCGUCUCCCCCUGUCUGAUGUUUAUAACCUGUCUCCCCCUGUCUGAUGUUUAUAACCCGUCUCCCCCUGUCUGAUGUUUAUAACCUGUCUCCCCCUGUCUGAUGUUUAUAACCCGUCUCCCCCUGUCUGAUGUUUAUAACCUGUCUCCCCCUGUCUGAUGUUUAUAACCCGUCUCCCCCUGUCUGAUGUUUAUAACCCGUCUCCCCCUGUCUGAUGUUUAUAACCUGUCUCCCCUGUCUGAAGUUUAUAACCCGUCUCCCCUGUCUGAUGUUUAUAACCCGUCUCCCCUGUCUGAUGUUUAUAACCUGUCUCCCCCUGUCUGAUGUUUAUAACCUGUCUCCCCCGUCUGAUGUUUCUAACCCGUCUCCCCCGUCUGAUGUUUCUAACCUGUCCCGUCUGAUGUUUCUAACCUGUCUCCCCGUCUGAUGUUUCUAACCUGUCUCCCACUUGUCUGAUGUUUCUAACCUGUCUCCCUCCUGUCUGAUGUUUCGAACCUGUCCUGUCUGAUGUUUCUAACCUGUCUCCCACCUGUCUGAUGUUUCUAACCUGUCUCCCUCCUGUCUAAUGUUUCUAACCUGUCCUGUCUGAUGUUUCUAACCUGUCUUGUCUGAUGUUUCUAACCUGUCUCCCCGUCUGAUGUUUCUAACCUGUCCUGUUUGAUGUUUCUAACCUGUCCUGUCUGAUGUUUCUAACCUGUCUCCCCAUUUGAUGUUUCUAACAUGUCCCGUCUGAUGUUUCUAACCUUUCAGUAUUGUAACCUGUACUAUAUUUUCUCCCUAUAGCUUUGACCUGAAGGCCCUGCCGGUGGACUUCGUGGAGUGUCUGAUGCGUUUCCUUCCAACGGAGGCGGAGGGGAAGAUGAUGCGUCAGUACGAGCGGGAGCGGCGACCGCUGGACGCGCUGACGGACGAGGACCGAUUCAUGCUCUUCUUCUCCAAGAUCGAAAGGCUCACCCAGAGGAUUAAUAUUAUUACGUUCGUAGGGAACUUCUCAGACAACGUCAACAUGCUAACCCCGCAGCUCAAUGCCAUUAUCGCAGCGUCCGCAUCCGUCAAGUCUUCACCCAAGUUAAAACGAAUGCUAGAGGUAAGGGUUCUCUCAUCGUGAUCGUCCAUCAUCAGCGAUUAAACUGGUUUGAAUUGGAAGAGAAGCAUCCUUUCACAUUAUCUGUCAGUGGUGAGUUUCCCAAAAGAUUCAUAGCACUAAGAUCAUCCAGGUCAAUUGUAGGCAAUGGACGAAAGAUGCUCUUAGUGCAACAAAGCUGUAGGGAAACUCAGUAGCUUUUGCUUGACCAUGGCCACAUUAGUAUGGUGCUAAGAUGUUUAUUCUUUACUUUCUGUACUCUCAUAGAUCAUCUUAGCCCUGGGAAACUACAUGAACAGCAGCAAGAGAGGAUCUGUGUAUGGCUUCAAACUACAAAGUCUUGAUCUGGUGAGUACUGUAUGAUACAAAGUAGCACAUUCUAGAGAGCUGCUCUCUGCAAGUCCUCAAGAGACUGCUCAAGGGCUACACUUUUCAAGAUGUACUCCUCCAGAAUGAAAAGAUCCUUGGCUGUAAUGAAUGGCGCCGGAGAAGAUGGCUGCCGUUUUACAGCCCUCUAACCAAUUGUACUAUUAUGUGUGUUUUUCCGCGUAAUUUGUAAUUUAUUUUGUACAUAAUGUUUCUGCCAUCGUCUCUUAUAACCAAAAAGAGCUUCUGGAUAUCAGGACAGCGAUUACUCACCUCGUAUUGGACGAAGAUUUUUUCUUCAACGAGGUGGCCGCGAAGGAUAUCCUACAGACACCAGACAAGGCCCAAAUCCCUGUCAUUCGCAUGAGAAAGAGACAGAGAUAUCGUGGACGUAGGUCGGGGUACCUUGUAAGGAUCCGACAGAGAGCGAGUAAACUGCCUCUUCCAUCAAUCCUAUUAGCCAAUCUUCAAUCAUUUGAGAAUAAAUUGGAUGACCUAAGAUUACGGUUAUCCUACCAACGGGACAUUAAAAACUGUAAUAUCUUAUGUUUCACCGAGUCGUGGCUUAACGACGAAAUGGACAACAUACAGCUAGCGGGCUAUACGCUACAUCGGCAGGAUAGAACGGCUGACUCCGGUAAGACAAGGGGUGGCGGUCUGUGUAUAUUUGUAAACAACAGCUGGUGCACAAAAUCAAAUACUAAGGAAGUCCCGAGGUUUUGCUCGCCUGAGGUAGAGUAUCUUAUGAUAAGUUGUAGACCACACUAUUUACCAAGAGAGUUUUCAUCUAUAUUUUUCAUACAGUGAGGGAAAAGAGUAUUUGAUCCCCUGCUGAUUUUGUACGUUUGCCCACUGACAAAGACAUGAUCAGUCUAUAAUUUUAAUGGUAGGUUUAUUUGAACAGUGAGAGACAGAAUAACAACAAAAAAAUCCAGAAAAACGCAUGUAAAAAAUGUUAUAAAUUGAUUUGCAUUUUAAUGAGGGAAAUAAGUAUUUGACCCCUCUGCAAAACAUGACUUAGUACUUGGUGGCAAAAUCUUGUUGGCAAUCACAGAGGUCAGACGUUUCUUGUAGUUGGCCACCAGGUUUGCACACAUCUCAGGAGGGAUUUUGUCCCACUCCUCUUUGCAGAUCUUCUCCAAGUCAUUAAGGUUUCGAGCCUGACGUUUGGCAACUCGAACCUUCAGCUCCCUCCACAGAUUUUCUAUGGGAUUAAGGUCUGGAGACUGGAUAGGCCACUCCAGGACCUUAAUGUGCUUCUUCUUGAGCCACUCCUUUGUUGCCUUGGCCAUGUGUUUUGGGUCAUUGUCAUGCUGGAGUACCCAUCCACAACACAUUUUCAAUGCCCUGGCUGAGGGAAGGAGGUUCUCAUCCAAGAUUUGACAAUACAUGGCCCCGUCCAUCGUCCCUUUGAUGCGGUGAAGUUGUCCUGUCCCCUUAGCAGAAAAACACCCCCAAAGCAUAAUGUUUCCACCUCCAUGUUUGACGGUGGGGAUGGUGUUCUUGGGGUCAUAGGCAGCAUUCCUCCUCCUCCAAACACAGCGAGUUGAGUUGAUGCCAAAGAGCUCGAUUUUGGUCUCAUCUGACCACAACACUUUCACCCAGUUCUCCUCUGAAUCAUUCAGAUGUUCAUUGGCAAACUUCAGACGGCCCUCUGCUUUCUUGAGCAGGGGGACCUUGCGGGCGCUGCAGGAUUUCAGUCCUUCACAGCGUAGUGUGUUACCAAUUGUUUUCUUGGUGACUAUGGUCCCAGCUGCCUUGAGAUCAUUGACAAGAUCCUCCCGUGUAGUUCUGGACUGAUUCUUCACCGUUCUCAUGAUCAUUGCAACACCACGAGGUGAGAUCUUGCAUGGAGCCCCAGGCCGAGGGAGAUGAACAGUUAUUUUGUGUUUCUUUCAUUUGCGAAUAAUUGCACCAACUGUUGUCACCUUCUCACCAAGCUGCUUGGCGAUGGUCUUGUAGCCCAUUCCAGCCUUGUGUAGGUAUACAAUCUUGUCCCUGUCAUCCUUGGAGAGCUCUUUGGUCUUGGCCAUGGUGGAGAGUGGAAUCUGAUUGAUUGAUUGCUUCUGUGGACAGGUGUCUUUUAUACAGGUAACAAGCUGAGAUUAGGAGCACUCCCUUUAAGAGUGUGCUCCUAAUCUCAGCUCGUUACCUGUAUAAAAUACACCUGGGAGCCAGAAACCUUUCUGAUUGAGAGGGGGUCAAAUACUUAUUUCCCUCAUUAAAAUGCAAAUCAAUUUCUAAAAAAAUUCUGUCUCUAACUGUUCAAAUAAACCUACCAUUAAAAUGAUAGACUGAUAAUUUCUUUGUCAGUGGGCAAACAUACAAAAUCAGCAUGGGAUGAAAUACUUUUUUGCCUCACUGUAGCUGUCUAUUUACCACCACAAACCAAUGCUGGCAUUAAGAUUGCACUAAAUUAGCUGUAUAAGGCCAUAAGUGAACAGGAAAACGCUCAUCCAGAGGCAGCGCUCCUAGUGGCCGGGGACUUUAAUGCAGGGAAACUUAAAUCCAUUCUACCUCAUUUCUACCAGCAUGUUAAAUGUGCAACCAGAGGAAAAAAAACUCUAGACCACCUUUACUCCACACACAGAGACGCAUACAAAGCUCUCCCUCGCCCUCCAUUUGGCAAAUCUGACCAUAACUAUAUCCUCCUGAUUCCUGCUUAUAAGCAAAGACUAAAGCAGGAAGCACCAGUGACUCGGUUAAUAAAAAAGUGGUCAGAUGACGCAGAUGCUAAGCUACAGGACUGUUUUGCUAGCACAGACUGGAACAUGUUCCGGGAUUCUUCAGAUAGCAUUGAGGAGUACACCACAUCAGUCACUGGCUUCAUCAAUAAGUGCAUCGAUGAUGUCGUCCCCACAGUGACCGUACGUACAUACCCCAACCAGAAGCCAUGGAUUACAGGAAACAUCCACACUGAGCUAAAGGGUAGAGCUUCCGCUUUCAAGUAGCGGGACUCUAACCCGGACGCUUAUAAGAAAUCCCGCUAUGCCCUCCGACGAACCAUCAAACAGGCAAAGAGUCAAUACAGGACUAAGAUUGAAUCGUACUACACCGGCUCUGACGCUCGUCGGAUGUGGCAGGGCUCGAAAACUAUUACAGACUACAAAGGGAAGCACAGCCGCGAGCUGCCCAGUGACACAAGACUUCCAGACGAGCUAAACCACUUCUAUGCUCGCUUCGAGGCAAGCAACACUGAAGCAUGCAUGAGAGCACCAGCUGUUCCGGAUGACUAUGUGAUCACGCUCUCCGUAGCCGAUGUGAGUAAGACUUUUAAGCAGGUCAACAUUCACAAGGCCGCAGGGCCAGACGGAUUACCAGGACGUGUACUCCGAGCAUGUGCUGACCAACUGGCAAGUGUCUUCACUGACAUUUUCAACAUGUCCCUGACUGAGUCUGUAAUACCAACAUGUUUCAAGCAGACCACCAUAGUCCCCGUGCCCAAGGACACUAAGAUAACCUGCCUAAAUGACUACCGACCCGUAGCACUGACGUCUGUAGCCAUGAAGUGCUUUGAAAGGCUGGUCAUGGCUCACAUCAACACCAUUAUCCCAGAAACCCUAGACCCACUCCAAUUUGCAUACCGCCCCAACAGAUCCACAGAUUAUGCAAUCUCUAUUGCACUCCACACUGCCCUUUUCCACCUGGACAAGAGGAACACCUACGUGAGAAUGCUAUUCAUUGACUACAGCUCAGCAUUCAACACCAUAGUGCCCUCAAAGCUCAUCGCUAAGCUAAGGAUCCUGGGACUAAACACCUCCCUCUUCAACUGGAUCCUGGACUUCCUGACGGGCCACCCCCAGGUGGUAAGGGUAGGUAACAACACAUCUACCACACUGAUCCUCAACACGGGGGCCCCUCAGGGGUGCGUUCUCAGUCCCCUCCUGUACUCCCUGUUCACCCAUGACUGCAUGGCCAGGCACGACUCCAACACCAUCAUUAAGUUUGCAGACGACACAACAGUGGUAGGCCUGAUCACCGACAACAAUGAGACAGCCUAUAGGGAGGAGGUCAGAGACCUGGCCGUGUGGUGCCAGGAUAACAACCUCUCCCUCAACGUGACCAAGACAAAGGAGAUGAUUGUGGACUACAGGAAAAAUAAGAGGACUGAGCACGCCCCCAUUCUCAUCGACGGGGCUGUAGUGGAACAGGUUGAGAGCUUCAAGUUCCUUGGUGUCCACAUCACCAACGAACUAUCAUGGUCCAAACACACCAAGACAGUCGUGAAGAGGGCACGACAAAGCCUAUUCCCCCUCAGGAGACUGAAAAGAUUUGGCAUGGGUCCUCAGAUCCUCAAAAAAUUAUACAGCUGCACCAUAGAGAGCAUCCUGACUGGUUGCAUCAUCGCCUGGUAUGGCAACUGUUCGGCCUCCAACCGCAAGGCACUACAGAGGGUAGUGCGUACGGCCCAGUACAUCACUGGGGCCAAGCUUCCUGCCAUCCAGGACCUCUAUACCAGGCGGUGUCAGAGGAAGGCCCUCAAAAUUGUCAAAGACUCCAGCCACCCUAGUCAUAGACUGUUCUCUCUGCUACCGCACGGCAAGCGGUACCGGAGUGCCAAGUCUAGGUCCAAAAUACUUCUCAACAGCUUCUACCCCCAAGCCAUAAGACUCCUGAACAGCUAAUCAUGGCUACCCGGACCCUUUGCACUGCCCCCCCACCCCAUAUUUUUACGCUGCUGCUACUCUGUUAAUUAUUUAUGCAUAGUCACUUUAACUCUACCCAAAUGUACAUAUUACUUCAACUACCUCAACUAGCCGGUGCCCCCGCACAUUGACUCUGCACCGGUACCCCCCUGUAUAUAUAGCCUCCCUACUGUUAUUUUAUUUUACUUCUGCUCUUUUUUUCUCAACACUUUUUCGUUGUUGUUUUAUUUUAAUUUUUUAUUAAAAAUAAAUGCACUGUUGGUUAAGGGCUGUAAGUAAGCAUUUCACUGUAAUGUCUGCACCUGUUGUAUUCGGCGCAUGUGGCCAAUAAUUUGAUUUGAUUUGAUAUGUAUUCUGGUCAUGUAUUCAGUUCCAGGUGUUCCGUUUAUCUCCACGUUAGUUAUACAAGGCUACACUUGUACACUUGUUUCAAGAGUGAUAAAAGAGGCUGAUAUGUAUUCUGGUUGUGUAUAUCUUUUUCUCAUUCAGCUGCUGGAAUCUAGUUAUAAAAGCCUACAUAUGUAUCAGUGGAGGCUGCUGAGGGGAGAAGGGCUCAUAAAAAUGGUUGGAACAGAGCCAAUGGAAUGGCAUCAAACCAUGUGUUUAAUAUAUUUGAUACCAUUCCACCUAUUCCGCUCCAGACAUUACCACGAGCCCAUCCUCCCCAAUUAAGGUGCCACCAACCUCCUGUGAUGUGGACACUUGUUUGGAAAUGUACUCCUCCAGAGUAAGUGGAAAGAGCCUUGACUGAUAUGUAAUCUUCUCCUCCCCUAGCUACUGGACACUAAGUCUACAGACAGGAAGAUGACUCUGCUCCACUACAUAGCUGUGGUUGUCAAGGAGAAGUAUCCUGAGCUGGCUAACUUCUUCAACGAACUGCACUUUGUGGACAAAGCUGCUGCAGGUGAAUACACAGUUACACACACAGACACCAUGCAACUGGAAUGGGAUUAUUCUCUUCUCACUGUAUGAAGAAGACUACAGCACAGUUGAAAUGAGGAGGCUUGAUAUUUUUGUGUGUGUGUGUGUGUGCGUGCGUGCAUGCGUGCGUGCGUGCGUGUGGGGUCCUCUGUAGCUCAAUUGGUAGAGCAUGGCGCUUGUAACGCCAGGGUAGUGGGUUCGAUCCCCGGGACCACCCAUACGUAAAACUGUAUGCACACAUGACUGUAAGUCGCUUUGGAUAAAAGCGUCUGCUAAAUGGCAUUAUAUUAUUUAUUAUUAUUAUUAUCUCUCUCUAGUGUCUCUGGAGAAUGUGCUGCUGGACGUGCGGGAGCUGGGUAAAGGGAUGGAUCUGAUCAGGAGAGAGUCUAGUCUCCAUGACCACUCUGUUCUCAAGGGCUUCCUCCAGACCAGCGACACUCAGCUGGACAAACUGCAGAAGGAUGCCAAGACCGCUGAGGUACUCACCCCACCUCCAUCCUAUCAAAACUACAAACAUCCUAUCAAAACUACAAACUUGAUUUUUCAACACUAACGUCGCUAACAUUUUAAACUUGUAAACUUCUUCCGCUACUGCAAAAAUAUUUUUUUACCACUAAAACAAGCACACAAUUUUUCUUCAGGAAAAAUACCUCUUCUAAAACUACCAACUGGUCAAAACACAACACAACACACUGUAACACGAAACAACACCUCUUACUUCCUAGACACAGCACAACAAAGGCCAAAACGCCUGUGCAACAAUACAGCACAACACUAUAGAAAAGGCUUUGUUAAGGUUUGCAAUGUUGACAAAUGUUGUGUUCCUACCCUUGACACUUCUCUCUCCCGGGUCAUUUCUAGGAAGCCUUCAACAAUGUGGUGAACUACUUUGGGGAGAGUUCCAAGACUACUCCUCCCUCCGUGUUCUUCCCUGUGUUUGUGCGAUUCAUCAGAGCUUACAAGGUAAGGAAGGACCAAACAACACACGUCUUCUACAGGGGUCACGUAUGUAACAGGCCACUUAGCUAACACUGUUAUCCAAAGUGACUUAUUGUAAAGUGAGUUCAUACAUGUAGGAUGUGUAUGUGAUCCCUGUAGGAAAUGAACCCACGACCUUGUAGUGACGUGUGUCACUAGCUCCACACUUUUACCAACUGAGCCACACAGGGCCAUGUUUAGGUUACUCUCUCUGUCCUAUGGGAGUUAGCCUAUCCUUGGUUAGCCUUGCUGCCUCCCAGAGAAGAGCAGAACUGUCUGUGUGCCACAGGACAGGGUGUAGACUGGAGUCACAGAUCUAAUAACAGGAAGGGCCAGCUGGGUCAGAGCAGUAGCUGUGGUGUUUAAACUGGGCCCGUCUCCCCCCUUCCCACCUGCCUUUCCCUCCUACCCCUGCCUCCCCCUUCUGACCCCUGGACCAAUGACCCCGCCCUGCACUCUGCCUCCCCCGGAUGGACAGCUCUGUCCUGCCACACAGACACCUUCCUGAGAUUGUUCUCUACACGGAUUUAUGGAUCUGUUGAAGAAACGUGCAGUGCAGCAAAAGGAUCUGUGCGUUUGAAUGCAUUUGUGUGUGUGUGUGUUGUGUGUGUUUGUGUGUGUGUGUGUUUGUGUGUGUGUGUGUGUGUGUUAGAGAGAAACAGGGAGGGUGAAGAGCGAAAGACACACACACGCACAGAGAAAAUGAAUGGUGCUGACUGUUUAGCUACAUGAAAGUAUGUUCUCUCUAUGUUUAUUUAACACCCAGAUCCAGUUAAUCUAUUAUAAAAUAUAAUAUUUCCAUAGCUUGGCUUAGCCAGUUUCUUGAUUUGGACUAUUGAGUUGUAGUCUCUUUUCUGAGUUUUCUCUGAAUGGCGUCCAUUUUGUGUUGUCCUCCCUACAGGAUGCGGUGGAUGACAAUGAGCAGAGGAAAAAGCAGGAGAAAGCCAUGAGAGAGAAGUUACUGGCUCAGGAGGCCAAGCAACAUGAGCCCAAGGUACAAUACUAGAAGUCUCCCUAGCCCUGACUCUGACAGACAAGGCCCAAAAAGCCAAGAAGAUGCGCAAUUAUUUUUUUCAUUGGCAAGAUUAGCAAAUUUAGGCAUGACAUGCCAGCAACAAAUGCUGACAAAUGCUGACACAUCCAUGUAUAUCUGACCAAAUUAUGAAAGACAAGCAUUUUGAAUUCUGUGAAGUGAGUGUGGAAGAGGUGAAACAAUGAUUGUUGUCUAUCAACAAUGACAAGCCACCAGGGUCUGACAACUUGGAUGGAGAAUUACUGAGGAUAAUAGCGGACGAUAUUGCCACUCCUAUUUGCCAUAUCUUCAAUUUAAGCCUACUAGAAAGUGUGUGCCCUCAGGCAUGGAGGAAAGCAAAAGUAAUUCCGCUAAGAAUAGUAAAAAAAACUUUACUGGCACAAAUAGCCGACCAAUCAGCCUGUUACCAACCCUUAGGAAACUUUUGGAAAAAAUUGUGUUUGACCAGAUACAAUGAUAUUUUACAGUAAACAAAUUGACAACAGACUUUCAGUACGCUUAUAGGGAAGGACAUUCAACAAGCACAGCACUUACAAAAAUGACUGAUGAUUGGCUGAGAGAAAUUUAUGAUAAAAAUUGUGGGGGCUGUUUUGUUAGACUUCAGUGCGGCUUUUGACAUUAUCGAUCAUUGUCUGCUGCUGGGGAAACAUAUGUGUUAUGGCUUUACACCCCCUGCUAUAUUGUGGAUAAAGAGUUAUCUGUCUAACAAAACACAGAGGGUGUUCUUUAAUGGAAGCUUCUCCAACAAAAUCCAGGUACAAUCAGGAAUUCCCCAGGGCAGCUGUCUAGUCCCCUUACAUUUUUCAAUCUUUACUAAUGACAUGCCACUGGCUUUAAGUAAAGCCAGUGUGUCUAUGUAUGCGGAGGACUCAACACUAUACACGUCAGCUACUACAGUGAUUGAAAUGACUGCAACACUUAACAAAGAGCUGCAGUUAAUUUCAGAAUGGGUGGCAAGGAAUAAGUUAGUCCUAAAUAUUUAAAAAAUGAAAAGCAUUGUAUUUGGGACAAAUCAUUCACUAAACCCUAAACCUCAACUAAAUCUUUAAUGAAUAAUGUGGAAAUUGAGCAAGUUGAGGUGACUAAACUGCUUGGAGUAACCCUGGAUUGUAAACUGUCAUUGUCAAAACAUAUUGAUACAACAGUAGCUAAAAUGGGGAGAAGUCUUUCCAUAAUAAAGCACUGCUCUGCCUUCUGUUCAGUCGUGUGGUCAGGUGCCAUAAAGAGGGACUUAGGAAAAUUGCAAUUGGCUCAGAACAGGGCAGCACGGCUGGCCCUUGGAUGUACACAGAGAGCUAACAUUAAUAAUUUGCAUGUCAAUCUCUCCUGGCUCAAAGUGGAGGAGAGAUUGACUUCAUCACUACUUGUAUUUGUGAGAGGUAUUGACAUGUUGAAUGCACAGAGCUGUCUGUUUGAACUACACAGCUCGAACACCCAUGCAUACCCCAAAAGCCAUGCCACAAGAGGUCUCUUCACAAUCCCCAUGUCCAGAACAGACUAUGGGAGGCGCACAGUACUACAUAGAGCCAUGACUACAUGGAACUCUAUUCCACAUCCAGUAUAGUGCCUUGCAAAAGUAUUCAUCCCCCUUGGCAUUUUUCCUAUUUUGUUGCAUUACAACCUGUAAUUUAAAUGGAUUUUUAUUUGGAUUUCAUGUAAUGGACAUACACAAAAUAGUCCAAAUUGGUGAAGUGAAAUGAAAAACCAAACUUGUUUAAAAAAAUUCAAAUAAAUGAAUAACGGAAAAGUGGUGCGUGCAUACCAAUUGUGCAAGUUCUCCCACUUAAAAAGAUGAGAGAGGCCUGUAAUUUGCAUCAUAGGUACACGUCAACUAUGACAGACAAAAUGAGAAAAAAAAAUCCAGAAAAUCACAUUGUAGGAUUUUUUAUGAAUUUAUUUGGAAAUGAUGGUGGAAAAUAAGUAUUUGGUCAAUAACAAAAGUUUCUCAAUACUUUGUUAUAUACCCUUUGUUGGCAAUGACACAGGUCAAACGUUUUCUGUAAGUCUUCACAAGGUUUUCACACACUGUUGCUGGUAUUUUGGCCCAUUCCUCCAUGCAGAUCUCCUCUAGAGCAGUGAUGUUUUGGGGCUGUCGCUGGGCAACACGGACUUUCAACUCCCUCCAAAGAUUUUCUAUGGGGUUGAGAUCUGGAGACUGGCUAGGCCACUCCAGGACCUUGAAAUGCUUCUUACGAAGCCACUCCUUCAUUGCCCGGGCGGUGUGUUUGGGAUCAUUGUCAUGCUGAAAGACCCAGCCACGUUUCAUCUUCAAUGCCCUUGCUGAUGGAAGGAGGUUUUCACUCAAAAUCUCACGAUACAUGGCCCCAUUCUUUCUUUCCUUUACACGGAUCAGUCGUCCUGGUCCCUUUGCAGAAAAACAGCCCCGAAGCAUGAUGUUUCCACCCCCAUGCUUCACAGUAGGUAUGGUGUUCUUUGGAUGCAACUCAGCAUUCUUUGUCCUCCAAACACGACGAGUUGAGUUUUUACCAAAAAGUUAUAUUUUGGUUUCAUCUGACCAUAUGACAUUCUCCCAAUCCUCUUCUGGAUCAUCCAAAUGCACUCUAGCAAACUUCAGACGGGCCUGGAUAUGUACUGGCUUAAGCAGGGGGACACGUCUGGCACUGCAGGAUUUGAGUCCCUGGCGGCGUAGUGUGUUACUGAUGGUAGGCUUUAUUACUUUGGUCCCAGCUCUCUGCAGGUCAUUCACUAGGUCCCCCCGUGUGGUUCUGGGAUUUUUGCUCACCGUUCUUGUGAUCAAUUUGACCCCACGGGGUGAGAUCUUGCGUGGAGCCCCAGAUCGAGGGAGAUUAUCAGUGGUCUUGUAUGUCUUCCAUUUCCUAAUAAUUGCUCCCACAGUUGAUUUCUUCAAACCAAGCUGCUUACCUAUUGCAGAUUCAGUCUUCCCAGCCUGGUGCAGGUCUACAAUUUUGUUUCUGGUGUCCUUUGACAGCUCUUUGGUCUUGGCCAUAGUGGAGUUUGGAGUGUGACUGUUUGAGGUUGUGGACAGGUGUCUUUUAUACUGGUAACAAGUUCAAACAGGUGCCAUUAAUACAGGUAAUGAGUGGAGGACAGAGGAGCCUCUUAAAGAAGAAGUUACAGGUCUGUGAGAGCCAGAAAUCUUGCUUGUUUGUAGGUGACCAAAUACUUAUUUUCCACCAUAAUUUGCAAAUAAAUUCAUUAAAAAUCCUACAAUGUGAUUUUCUGGAAUUUCUUUUCUCAAUUUGUCUGUCAUAGUUGACGUGUACCUAUGAUGAAAAUUACAGGCCUCUCACAUCUUUUUAAGUGGGAGAACUUGCACAAUUGGUGGCUGACUAAAUACUUUUUUUCCCCACUGUAUGUAUUCACCCCUUUGCUAUGAAGACCCUAAAUAAGAUCUGGUGCAACCAAUUACCUUCAGAAGUCACAUAAUUAGUUAAAUAAUGUCCACCUGUUUGCAAUCUAAGUGUCACAUGAUCUCAGUAUAUAUACACCUGUUCUGAAAGGCCCCAGAGUCUACAACACCACUAAGCAAGGGGCACCACCAAGCAAGCGGCACCAUGAAGACCAAGGAGCUCUCCAAACAGGUCAGGGACAAAGUUGUGGAGAAGUACAGAUCAGGGUUGGGUUAUAAAAAAUAUCAGAAACUUUGAACAUCCCACGGAGCACCAUUAAAUCCAUUAUUUAAAAAAUGGAAAGAAUAUGGCACCACAAUAAACCUGCCAAAAGAGGGCCACCCACCAAAACUCACGGACCAGGCAAGGAGGGUAUUAAUUAGAGAGGCCAAAGAUAACCCUGAAGGAGCUGCAAAGCUCCACAGCGGAGAUUGGAGUAUCUGUCCAUAGGACCACUUUAAGAUGUACACUCCACAGAGCUGGGCUUUAUGGAAGAGUGGCCAGAAAAAAGCAAUUGCUUAAAGAAAAAAAUAAGCAAACACGUUUGGUGUUCGCCAAAAGGCAUGUGGGAGACUCCCCAAACAUAUGGAAGAAGGUACUCUGGUCAGAUGAGACUAAAAUUGAGCUUUUUGGCCAUCAAGGAAAACGCUAUGUGUGGCGCAAACCCAACACCUCUCAUCACCCCGAGAACACUAUCCCCACAGUGAAGCAUGGUGGUGGCAGCAUCAUGCUGUGGGGAUGUUUUUCAUCAGCAGGGACUGGGAAACUAGUCAGAAUUGAAGGAAUGAUGGAUGGCGCUAAAUACAGGGAAAUUCUUUCAGUCUUCCAUAGAUUUGAGACUGGGACGGAGGUUCACCUUCCAGCAGGACAAUGACCCUAAGCAUACUGCUAAAGCAACACUCGAAUGGUUUAAGGGGAAACAUUGAAAUGUCUUGGAAUGGCCUAGUCAAAGCCCAGACCUCAAUCCAAUUGAGAAUCUGUGGUAUGACUUAAAGAUUGGUGUACACCAGCGGAACCCAUCCAACUUGAAGGAGCUGGAGCAGUAUUGCCUUGAGGAAUUGGCAAAAAUCCCAGUGGCUAGAUGUACCAAGCUUAUAGAGACAUACCCCAAGAGACUUGCAGCUGUAAUUGCUGCAAAAGGUGGCUCUAUAAAGUAUUGACUUUUUUUGUCUUAUUUCUUGUUUGUUUCACAUAAAAAUAUAUUUUGCAUCUUCAAAGUGGUAGGCAUGUUGUGUAAAUCAAAUGAUACAAACCCCCCCAAAAAUCAAUUUUAAUUCCAGGUUGUAAGGCAACAAAAUAGGAAAAAUGCCAAGGGGGGUGAAUAAUUUCGCAAGCCACUGUAACUCAUGCAAGCAGUAAAAUUAGAUUUAAAAAACAGAUACAAAUACACCUUAUGGAAUAGUGGGGACUGUGAAGAGACACAAACACAGGCACAGACACAUAACAAAUACAAAUACUCAAACUGGACUCAACUAACAUUAGUAACGUUGAGCUUAGAGUACUAUAGAAUUUAGACUAAAUGGUGGAUAUGACCACCUGACUGACCACCAGACCACCAGACUGACCACCAGACCACCAGACUGACCACCUGACUGACCACCAGACUGACCACCAGACCACCAGACUGACCACCAGACCACCAGACUGACCACCUGACUGACCACCAGACCACCAGACUGACCACCAGGCCACCAGACUGACCACCAAACCACCAGACUGACCACCAGGCUGACCACCAGACUGACCACCAGACCACCAGACUGACCACCAGACCACCAGACUGACCACCAGGCUGACCACCUGACUGACCACCAGGCUGACCACCAGGCUGACCACCUGACUGACCACCAGACCAAAUGUGGGAGAGACAGACAGCAAGGUUUAUACAAAUCUUCGCUGUUGAAAACGAAAUGCUAGUCUAAAAGAAAUGGGAGAUAAUGUCUAGAUUAUUUUUAUAGCGGAGAUUGCCUGGCUGGGCUGAUGAGACAGUUGAAUGCGCAGUGAGAUGGAACAGAGUAAAUAGGCAUUUCAACGUCAUAACUUUAGCCGGUGGUAACUUGUGGAAUAGACACCAGCUGGAAUGCCCCCCGUGUAGCUCAGUUGGUAGAGCAUGGCGCUUGCAACGCCAGGGUUGUGGGUUCGAUUCCCACGGGGGGCCAGUAUGAAAAAAUGCAUGCACUCACUAACUGUAAGUUGCUCUGGAUAAGAGCGUCUGCUAAAUGACUAAAAUGUAAAUGUAAAAUGCUGUAUUAACCAAUCAGCAUCCAGGAUUAGACCCACCCGUUGUAUAAUUCUCAAUAUAAGACUCUCACACGUACAAUAAGGAGUUAAUGCAUUUGUAUGAUUGAAACGAUCCAUGGGCAGCUCAAGCCAUUUAGGCAGAAUUUGAUAUUCUUCCUCCUCUCCCUCCCAGGUCCAGGUAGUGAAGAAGAGGCAGCAGCAACAGGAGCUGAUCUCAGAGCUGCGUAAACGCCAGGCCAAGGACCACCGACCCGUCUACGAGGGGAAGGACGGCACCAUCGAGGAUAUCAUCACAGGUGGGCUCGAUAUGCAGCCACGCAGCCCCCAGCCAGGCCCCAGUAGGUCAAAGCCCCAUCCCAAGCAGCCCCAGGGGCUGGGGCUAGGCUAAGAUCACUGUGGUCCUCAACUGCUCGGCUAGAGGAGGACUGUGUUACGUGGUUCAGACACCACUACCAGAGGCUCUAGAGCAUCUAGACAACAGCAGAUUCCAGUUCUGAAUCAUGUUCCUUUUUGUGGCCUGCUAGUUAUCUAGAUUAGUAGUGUCUCAUCACCAUAUGGUAUCUGUGCAGCUAAGCGGCAAUUGAGUCUCAAAGUAAAAGUAGGCAUGUAGUCGAGCCAUUGCGCUCCCAAUGCCCUGCUCCAUGGGAGGUGCUAACAAUGUUAAUCAUUGUAAUAAUAUGUUAAUAAUGUGUUAAUAAUGCUUUUCCUCCCCACUACUAGGGCCUUUACGAAACGUACGUCAUCUACGUUAUUCAACAUGCAGUAUAUCCCUGUCCUCCUGGACAUAGCGUGCGUCUGAAAUAGCACCUUACUCCCUGUAGUGUACCACUGGUCAAAACGUAGUGCACUAAAUAGGGAAUAUGGUGCAAUUUCAGACACAGCCAAAGACCUUGUGGUCCAUACACCAAAACAGGGAGGUGUGGCACAGAGAGAGCUGGGAUACUGGCUAUACAGAUAUUACAAUGACAACACUGAGAAGUGGACCAACCUGAUGGCAGAUUAGGGGGUGGACCACAGUACAGCACAAGUACAGGUUCCUCUGUCUCAGGUGUGAUGUUUUCUCCCCUCAUCCUCCUCCCCCCUCAGUGUUGAAGAGCGCCCCCUUCACAGCCCGUACUGCUAAACGAGGCUCACGGUUCUUCUGUGAGGCACAGCUGUGUGACGACUCCAACUGCUAGCCUCUACAGUUCCUCCCCCCUAAUGCCAAGGUUGUCCAAAACAGGUGUCCCCUCCUCGUUCCCCCCCUUCUACCUGACCACUGUGCAUGCAGCAUGACCUCCCACCCUGUCACUCCCUAAGACUACUCCUUAACCCUUCCUUUACUAACUUAGGUGGCAAUUUAACAGUUCAGCACAGUGCAGUUUGUUUGAAUCCUGGCCCUCGACUCUUAUUGCUGGGCAAGUGAUGUGUUCAAAAGACCUCUACCUGAAUUACCAGGGUAGAAGUCAGACAGCCAAACCUCUUUGGAUUUCUGAACCUGCUAAGACUGUAUCAAAAGCUAAUGUUAAAAUGUGAAUACAUAAUUAUUUACUACCACGAAAUAUAAUCAUAUGGCUCAAUAUGACCAAUAUGAAGUUGCAGCUAGCAUAAUAGCAUGGGCAUGGAAAGCUACAUUACGGUAUGUAAUAUAUACUGUAUGUACAUUUUUUUUCAGGUUUUAUACUUUUUUAAAUUUAUUUUUUAUAAAUCUUAAAAGUACACUAUAGUAAUAAAGAGGUUUGGCUACAACUGCUAACAAUGCCUUGUGGUUCCAUGAAAUGAACUAAUGUGGAUGGGUUGGUUCCCCUCUAACCUGGUAACCACCUUUCCUCAACCAUCACCCUGUAUUCAUUCUACCCCUCUGGACAGCUGAACAGAAGAUUAAUGACAGUAUAUGCCACUUCUAAAUGCUGCAGGGUAAGGAAGGUAGCCUGAAGCCUGUUUGCUUGGCCCUGGCCAUGCUCGUACUGUGUGCUGCGGCCUGCUGCCAUGCUGUGUGCUGCGGCCUGCUGCCAUGCUGUGUGCUGCGGCCUGCUGCCAUGCUGUGUGCUGCUAGCUACACAGUCUAUGGUGCUGCUACAGUGAUGUCAGCUGCUUCAGCCAGCCCAGUGCUUCAGAUGCAAACAGGAACAUGCUUUACUGUACAGCAAAGCAUUCGGAUAUGCUUUACAACAGCCAGGACUGCUUUACUGCACAUCAAUCAGAUAUGCUUUUACAACAGCCACAGCAAAGCAGUCAGAUAUGCUUUACAACAGCCAGGCCUGCUUUACUGCACCACAGCCAGAUAGUCAAACAUGUAGCUUACAGUAACAUGCUUAAUAGUUAUAUAGCUGGAUACAUCCCCUCAGUAAUCCAAACAGUCCCAUCCCCCAGAAUACUACUUCAAGUUCAUGCCAGGUAAUUUUCUUUUCCAUCAACUUUACCUCUUAGGAAAACAGAUCCAGCGGUAGUAGGGCGAUUACAUUUAAUUACAUACCUUCGCAAGCCACUGUACACUAUGUAUACAAACGUAUGUGGACACCCCUUCAAAUUAAUGGAUUUGGCUAUUUCAGACACACCCGUUGCUGACAGGUGUAUAAAAUCGAGCACACAUCCAUGCAAUCUCCAUAGACAAACAUUGGCAGUAGAAUGGCCUUACUGAAGAGCUCAGUGACUUUCAAUGUGGCACCGUCAUAGGAUGCCACCUUUCCAACAAGUCAGUUCGUCAAAUUUCUGCCAUGCUAGAGCUGCCCCGGUCAACUGUAAGUGAUGUUAUUGUGAAGUGGAAAUGUCUAGGAGCAACAACGGCUCAGCUGUGAAGUGUUAGGCCACACAAGCUCACAGAACAGGACUGCCGAAUGCUGAAGCGUGUGGCGCGUAAAAAUUGUCUGUCCUCGGUUGCAACACUCACUAUCGAGUUCCAAACUGCCUCUGGAAGCAACGUCAGCACAAGAACACAAGCCUAAGAUCACCAUGCGCAAUGCCAAGCGUCGGCUGGAGUGGUGUAAAGCUCGCCGUCAGUGGAAACGCGUUCUCUGGAGUGAUGAAUCACGCUUCACCAUCUGGCAGUCCUGACAGACGAAUCUGGGUUUGGCGGAUGCCAGGAGAACACUACCUGCCCGAAUGCAUAGUGCCAACUGUUAAGUUUGGUGGAGGAUGAAUAAUGGUCUGGGGCUGUUUUUCAUGGUUUGGGCUAGGCCCCUUAGUUCCAGUGAAGGGAAAUCUUAACUCUAUAGCAUACAAUGACAUUCUAGACAAUUAUGUGCUUCCAACUUUGUGGCAACAGUUUGGGGAAGGCCCUUUCCUGUUUCAGCAUGACAAUGCCCCUGUGCACAAAGCAAGGUCCAUACAGAAAUUGUUUGUCGAGAUCGGUGUGGAAGAACUUGACUGGCCUGCACAGAGCCCUGACCUCAACCCCAUCGAACACCUUUGGGAUGAAUUGGAACGCCGACUGUGAGCCAGGCCUAAUCGCCCAACAUCAGUGCCCGACCUCCCUAAUGCUCGUGGCUGAAUGGAAGCAAGUCCCCGCAGCAAUGUUCCAACAUAUAGUGGAAAGCCUUCCCAGAAGAGUUGAGGCUGUUAUAGCAGCAAAUGGGGGACCAACUCCAUAUUAAUGCCCAUGAUUUUGGAAUGAGAUGUUCGACAAGCAGGUGUCCACAUACUUUUGGUCAAGUAGUGUAACUUAUAAAUGCCUCAUGAGCUUAGUUCAACUGUCAUACCCCAUCACAAGCUUGUUUUACUGCAAUGUUUGUAAACAAAGUAAAUGUAAAUGUAUAUAGCCUCAAAACAUGGUUAAAUCUACCCUUUUGAUAUCAUGGAUGGUCAGUCCUUGCAUUAAUAGCUCUGUUUAUGAAUUUGAGAGUGAUUACAUUUCUCCAGCCCCAUCCCUCAGCUUUUUACCAAAACAGGGGCAGGGACGACGCUUUGUCAUUGUUUCUACUGCUGAUUGCCACUUUAAGGUAGUUUCCAAUUGAGCCUAUAUAUGCAGCGUUUUCCCGUGAAUGCAGACUCCGCGAACGCGAGAACAUUGCCUUUUAAUUUAAAUUGCGCUAUAGCGCGGAUCUUUCACGCUAUAGAUUUAAUCUACAUUCAUCCACCAUGACAGUAAUUUCUUCUACUCAGCUCCCUCCAUCAUCACCACCUCACCUCUCGUCUUCCAUGUCGCAUGCUGUGUCCAGUGUUCUGUCCAUCCACCGCUCACCAGUCUGUCACCUGUUGAUGACAUGUCUCAAUGUUGUGUUUGUCCCUGGUAACUGUGACUUGCGGUUUGCUGAACAGCUCGUUGGUCAACCAGCUCUGUUGAGGCCUGCACAUAUCCACACACACACACAGACAUAUUCAGACAAAAUUCACAUUUAUUCAGACAAAUGGACAGAAACAUUGGUAACACUCCUUUAACCCUCCAUUUUAAGGGCUACAUAACACUGUCAUAAUCAUGAUAGUAUAAACAUUGAAGGAGAUGAGAGCUCCUCUCAAGCGACAGGCUAGAUUAGUUUUAUGAAUAUUUAGCGUCUCUAUAGCACAGUACCUCACAGAGCUUGUUGAUUACAACUGUGAUAUUAUUAUAACGUUUGAUUAUUGUUUUGUUCCCUACAUUGUUGACAUAGGGGUUUGUUUGAAUAACUAAACCCCCAUAGCCUUGGAUUGAAAAAUCUAUAUUUCUCUGUCAGUUUUAAGUUGACAAUUAAAGGCGUCAUUCUCUUUUUGGUUAAUGGAUACCCACAUUCAAUUGGCUACCCAUUUGACAACAUAUAAGUAAAAUUGAAAAUUCUAAAUAUAAUUUAGACCAUAUUUGCAGAAAUAUGCUGUUAGAAUAAGCACUGCAAAUAUAGGUUCCUUAAUCAACAACCUCAAACCUGAGCAUGACGCCACUGGACCAGAGUUUGACUUCCCAGUUAACCUGCGUGACCCCUCUCUCGCCCUCCCUCACCCACUCACAGAUCUCCGCAGCCAGCCUUUCCUGCGGCACGACACGCUGAUCCGGAGCAGCUGGAAGAGACCCUAAACAAACCACUCGUUCUUCCUCCCUCUCACCCCUUCCCUU